AUGAACUCUCCCUUUAGUUCCUUGAAGGAAAGUUGCCAUGUGAAUCUGGUAAUGCAUGCAUGAAUAAAAAUAAAUACAUUUUUCGCCCUGAUCUGAGGUUAUUUUCCCCUUUGGUGGGUGACGGGAAUACUUGGUUAAACCCAACAGAUAUCGUAGGAGAGAAUCUUUCUUUUCUCUUGCAUAUUUCUUUCUCUUCCUUAGGUAGCAGCCAUGGGAGAAGUGGAGCGCAAAUUCAUGGCGCUCCGGGACGAACUGGUAGCUGCUUUGAUUGAGAAUCCCUUAGAGCAGAACCCAGAGACUGUACAGCGUCUGCUGGAGAUGCCGUUUCCCCCAGCUCAGAAAUACAUGGAGAUAGAUGCCAAGGGUAUUAUACGAGCCAAUACCCAGGGGCAGGUAAGGGGACAGUAUUUUGUGUGUGUGUGUGUGCAAUAGCAGAGGUGGGGGUCUAGAAAACCAGGGUGGGGAUUGAAAUUUGGGGGAGGGGGGAGAUGGAAAGAUUCAGAAGUCAGACAGGCAAAACUAGUGUGUGUCUCUCCCUGCAAGAGCUCUGAUGCUAUGGGCAGCUGGGAGCUUCACCUGUGGAAUGUCUGCCUGCAAUGCGGUUUCCACACAAGGAAGGGGGGUCGGAAAGGAAACAAGCCCUUUUCUAGGUGCCUCGGCAAAACUAGUCAUUAUGUAGAAGUGAGGAUCAAGCUUGGUAAACACAAAGUUUUGUUUUGGCGCGCUGGGAUUUCGCCUGGUAGCGGGGCUGGGUCACGGUGGCGUUUAUCGUUUGCAGUGCGAUUCCCUCGCGCAGAUGCAGAUUCGAAUAGUCCCUGCCUCAGAAUCCUCAGGGUCUCCGCUGUUUAUUUAAAAAGGCACCCCAGGAACAAGGUUCUAGUCCCUAAGAUAAGAAGUUCGUGAUAUGUGUAAGGCGGUGUGAAUGCACCGUGAACCCUGCUCGUCCCUCUGAACACGUGAGAGAUGGCAGUGACAACUGGGGUCUGGGAGGGUCAGAGCCUAGCAAACGAAAACCCCAAAGGAAGGGGGUUCUUAGAAGAGUUUAGUACAGUGGUACCUUGGGUUAAGUACUUAAUUCAUUCUAGAGGUCCGUACUUAACCUGAAACUGUUCUUAAUCUGAAGCACCACUUUAGCUAAUGGGGCCUCCUGCUGCCACCACGCUGCCAGAGCACGAUUUCUGUUCUUAUCCUGAAGCAAAGUUCUUAACUUGAAGCACUAUUUCUGGGUUAGCGGAGUGUGUAACCUGAAGCGUCUGUAACCCGAGGUACCACUGUACAGCCUCGUGCGAUUUGGAGAUUGGGGUUUAGGUACCAAUGUGCAAAGAGACAAUGGCAAUUUUCGAACCCUUCCCCAGCCUCAAAAGGACCUUCGUACCAUCUCCACUGCCCUGAACAUCUUGGAGAAAUAUGGGCGCAACCUGUUGAACCCACACAAGCCCCGCUUCUGGAGGACCGUCAAGUUCAAUAACCCCGUUUUCCGGGACACGGUGGACACCAUCCAGGUGAGAGAAACAUUCCUUCCCUGUCUGCCCAUCCCUUCCUUUGGCAUAGCUGUCAACUUACAGAUUUGAAAAUAACGGACCAGCAGCCUCGAAAAUAAGAGAUCAGCAGCCAAAAUAAGGGAUUUUAGUCAACCAGCAGCCAAACGAAGCCUCAAGCGGUGGUUCCCACAGCGCAGCAACCCGGCAAAGGGGAUGCAGCAAGGGAAACCACCGUCGCCUCUCCGCUGGGAAGCGCUGAGUCCCCAGGCAACGCGGCCGAUUUGAUUGGCGCAAGGCAUGCAAGCUCCACCCCCCUAGUCGUUCUUAGACUCCUUAUUGGGUGAGCAACGCAGCCAAGCAACACAGUUGGAGCCUCCCUCCUCCCUGGCCGGCAGGGAGGGAGGGAGAGGAGCUGCUUCCUUUGAAACCCGGGAAAUUUAAGGGACAUCAUCAAUAAGGGACGGCAGUGGGACACGGCGCUGGGAUAAGGGACUGUGCCUCCAAAUAAGGGACGGUUGACAGCUAUGUCCUUUGGUAUCAGCACCAGGGUCAGUCACUCGGCUCUUCCCUGCUCUUAUAUCCUUCUGAGUUUCUAUUUUUAUUUUGUUUACAACUAAUAGCAGGAGCCUGGCGAAAGAUAUUCCAUUGAGAAGGGGGCCCACACAGAUAAGGCCCUGUUCCUGGCAGAGGCCGAGCUAAGCUGUGUCCCAGCUGAGCCCCUCCUCCUCUUGUCACCUCAGCCCAUUUAUUGUGUGCCCCACAUUCCUGGCAGGGCGGGCGAGACGUCCUUCGCCUCUACGGAUAUUCGGAGGAACAGACGGACGGACUUUGCUUCCCGGAGCAUCUGCUGGAGCCAGAUAUCCCUCACGUGGCCUCGAUCACCGUGGAUGUCAUGGUGCUACGGGCUGAACUGAAUCUCCUUAUUUCGGUAUGGUGGAACCAUGAGACCCGGAAGCACUUAGAUGUGCCGGAGAAAUAAUAAUAGAAAUAAUGGGGGUCUUGGCUGCGAGAUCACAUUCACCCGGUGCUAUACCAGCUGCACUGGCUCCCGGUGGAGUACAGGAUCAGGUUUAAGGUGCUGGUUUUAACCUUUAAAGCCCUAUACUGCCUAGGACCCUCGUACCUAUGGGACCGCCCCUCCUGGUAUGUCCCACAGAGGAACCUACGGUCUGCAAAUAAAAACAUCCUGAAGGUCCCAGGCCUCAGAGAGGUUAGGCUGGCCUCAACUAGAGCCAGGGCUUUCUCGGCUGCGGCUCCAAUCUGGUAGAACGCUCUGUCACAAGAGACUAGGGCCCUGCGGGACCUGACAUCUUUCUGCAGGGCCUGCAAGACAGAGUUGUUCCACCAGGCCUUUGGUCAGGGCCCAGCCUGACUCCCUCCUCUGGCAACCUGGACAGAACUUUGCUUAAUGGUUGCCAUUAAUUUGAUUUUAAUUAAUUUUUAUAAUGAAGUGUUUUAGAAUGUUGGAUUAUUUGAUUGUUUGAUUAUUUGAUUGUUGUUAGCCGCCCUGAGCCCAGCUUUGGCUGGGGAGGGCGGGAUAUAAAUAAAAUUAAUAAUAAUAAUAAUAAUAAUAAUAAUAAUAAUAAUAAUAAUAAAUAACAACAACUUAUUACUUAUACCCCACCCAUCUGACAGGGUUUCCCCAGCCACUCUGCGUGGCUUCCAACAGAAUAUAAAAGAACACAGGAUACAUCAGGCAUUAAUAGCUUCCCUAUACAGAGUUGCUUUCAGAUGUCUUCGGAAAGUUGCAUAGUUGUUUGUUUCCUUGACAUCUGGUGGGAGGGCGUUCCACAAGGCGGGUCCCACCACCGAGAAGGCCCUCUGCCUGGUUCCCUGUAACCUCACUUCUCGCAGGGAGGGAACUGCCAGAAAGCCCUCGGAGCUGGACCACAGUGUCAGGGCUGAAUGAUGGGGGUGGAGACGCUCCUUCAGGUACACAGGAUCGAGGCCGUUUAGGGCUUUAAAGAUCAACACCAACACUUUGAAUUGUGAGCCAAUGCAAGUCUUUUACGACUGGUGUUAUAUGGUCCCAGCAACCACUCCCAGUCACCAGUCUAGCUGUCACAUUCUGGAUUAGUUGUAGUUUCCAGGUCACCUUCAAAGGCAGCCCCAUGUAGAGCGCACUGCAGUGGUCGAAAUGGGAGACCAAGGUCCUUUAGGGCUUUAAAGGUCAGCACCAACACUUUGAAUUGUGCUCGGAAACGUACUGGGAGCCGAUGUAGGUCUUUCAGGACCGGUGUUAUAUGGUCUCAGCGGCUAUUCCCAGUCACCAGUCUAGCUGCCGCAUUCUGGAUUAGUUGCAGUUUCCGGGUCACCUUCAAAGGUAGCCCCACAUAGAGUGCAUUGCAGUAGUCCAAGCGGGAGAUAACUAGAGCAUGCACCACUCUGGCAAGACAGUCUGCGGGCAGGGAGGAUCUCAUCCUGUGUACCAGAUGGAGCUGGUAGACAGCUGCCCUGGACACAGAACUGACCUGCCCCUCCAUGGACAGCUGUGAGUCCAGAAUGACUCCCAGGCUGCGCACCUGGUCCUUCAGGCGCACAGUUACCCCAUUCAGAAAGAUAGUGAUGGAUGAGCUUUGGGUUCCCAGCUGAGAAUGAGUUUUUUCAUUUAUGUUUAAUUUGGUCAGUUCGUUUGUCAACAGAAAUCUCUAAGCGGCUUACAGAUUGCAGCGAAAAGGAAUCCAUACAAGCAACAAAAAGUAUGAAUUGCGCAUUUGAAACCUUAUGUUGCUACUGCUGCUAAUGAUAAUCGUAAUUCCAAGUUUUAAUUAGCAGAAUUAAAUCUCUCUAGAUGUGAGCAAAACACCCAAAUAAUAUGCAAAGCGCUGAAAUAUAUUGGGAUACAUCAAAAUGCAACAUAACUACAAUAUAUCAUUUUUUAAAAUCAUAAAUCUUAAAACACACCCAAUAAUACAACCACCGAAAAACACCAUUCACUUCCAUGUUCACACUACACAAAGGAAGUCUACACACCCCCAACAUCACUCAGCAGUUUUGUUACAUCAGUUCUCACUUCAACAAAACACCCCAGGACACAAAAUAAUAGGGCGUGUCAUUUUAGACAGUGACACUUAAUUUCUGCAAAUUUAUUCAGUGAGCAGUCUUUAAAAUAUGUGAGGAAUUCAAAUUUUGUGACUGGACAACAUUUAGCCUGGUAAGUCUACAUUUAAUAAAGAAGCUCAUAAACUGCUUUUGGAAAAUCAAAGAAUUUUAACUUCUGGAAAGUUAGCGCUAAUUAUAAACAAAUAAGUAGCAAUAUAAUACAACGGCAAGUACUUGGCAAUCAUAUUUAACGAAUUCCAUACAAUUUUGCACACAUCCUAUCAAGCAAAGCUUAAAUUAUAUUAAUGUAACCUAAUAUAUUUUGAAUUCCCUAGUCAUGUUGCAACUUUUUAGCACCCCUCCUUUUCGGAAUUGGAAAGUUGAAAAAAAAAAAACCAGGCAGAGGGCCUUCUCAGUGGUGGCGCCCGCCCUGUGCAACGCCCUCCCACCAGAUGUCAAGGAAAUAAACCUGACUUUUAGAAGACAUCUGAAGGCAGCCCUGUUGAGGGAAGCUUUUAAUGUUUGAUCGUGUUUUUAAUAUUCUGCUGGGAGCCGCCCAGAGUGGCUGGGGAAACCCAGCCAGAUGGGCGGGAUAUAAAUAAUAAAUUAUUAUAAAUUCAACACGCCACAUUCCCUCAUGGUUCUGUUUUUCUUUCUUUUUAGGACAACCACCCCAAUCCUCAGGUGUUGCAGGAACUAAUGCAGGGCGGAGACAAUUUACAGGUGAGUCAGGUGAGGGAACAUAAAGCCCCAGGAGCUUAGCAGAGAGGGAGCUGAGAAGAUCUUUGUGUUUUCGUCCAUUUGAGUUUCAGACGGGCGUUAAUGAAGCUGUGGGGCCACCCCAGCCCCACUGGCUGCCUCAGAACCAUUUGUGUGUGUGUGUGUAUCAUUCCCUCUGUUGUGGUUCUGACAGCAGUCCUCAGAUUACCCUGGCCUAAUCCUGUUCCCGGGGUGUGGCCAAUGUUGCAGGCUGACAGCUUCUAGGAACCACAGGUGAGAGCUGAGUGCAAUGGGGGGAACUUCAGGUUACAGACGCUUCAGGUUACAGACUCUGCUAACCCAGAAAUAUUACCUCGGGUUAAGAACUUUGCUUCAGGAUGAGAACCGAAAUUGUGCUUCAGCGGCACGGCAGCAGCAGGAGGCCCCAUUAGCUAAAGUGGUGCUUCAGGUUAAGAACAGUUUCAGGUUAAGAACAGACCUCCAGAACAAAUUAAGUACUUAACCCAAGGUACCACUGUACAAUGAAAUUAAACAAGCCUCCCUCCCGCCCCCAAACACUCAAUCUCUUAUCAAACAACACACCGCCUCGCAAGUCAAUUUCGCUAUGUUAUUUUCCGUUCAACAGCCUAACAGCCCACGGAUAGAAGCUAUUUUUUAGCCUGUUGGUACGGCUGAUUAUACUUCUAUAUCUCCUGCCUGAGGGUACAGUCAUACCUCAGGUUACAGAUGCUUCAGGUUGCGUUUUUUCAGGUUGCAGACCACCGAAUCCCGGAAGUACCAGAAUGGGUUACUUCCGGGUUUUGGCAGUCACGCAUACGCAGAAGCGCCGAAUCGCAACCUGCGCAUGCGCAGACGUGCCGCUGCGGGUUGCGAACGUGCAUCCCGCGUGGAUCACGUUUGCAACGCAAGCAUCCACUGUAGAAGAUUAAAGAGGCGCUGGGCGGGGUGUGAGUCAUCCCUGAGGAUUUUUCUCGCUCUCCUAAGGCAACGAUCCCUUGCGAUGUCAUCUAGCAGACUCAAGGGACGGCCCAUGAUAUCAUGUGCUGUAUUCACCACCCUCCGUAGAGGCUUUCUGUCCGUGGCUGUCAAGCCAGCAUACCACACUGUGAUACAAUAUGAAAGGACACUUUCUAUUGUGGACGGGUAAAAGGAGUUCAUCAGUUGUUGUUUCACAUUCUUCUUUCGCAAGACCCUGAGGAAAUGGACUCUCUGUUGGGCCUUUCUGACCACCUGAAUUAUAUUGAUUUUCCAAGUGAGGUCCUCACUAAGGUAAACGCCCAGGAAUUUAAAGGAGGAGACUCUCUCCACACAGCCCCCCCCGAUAUACAACGGGCAGGUUCCCCUCUCUUCCUCCGAAAGUCCAACACCAUCUCCUUUGUCUUACUAGUAUUUAGGUGCAAGUUAUUCUCUAAGCACCAUGUCGAUAUUUUUUGAACCUCCCCCCUGUACGCUGUUCCAUCUCCGCCUGCAAUUAGGCCCAUUAUGGUAGUAUCAUCUGCAAACUGUAGAUGGAUCAGAUGAUAUGCAGUCAUAUGUGUACAAUGAGUACAGGUAGGGACUUAGCACACAUCCCUGUGGGGUCCCAGUGCUAAGCUUCAGGGAGGUAGACGUAACAGUCCCAAUCCUCACUAUUUGUGUCCGAUCCCUCAAAAAGUCUUUGAUCCAGUCACAGAUGGUAGAAGAAAGGUCCAGAUCUGUCAGCUUUUUUUUUUUUUAAUUUUUUAUUCGGAAUUUCAACAUAACAAUUUAUCAGAUAUACAUCAUCCUUAUUCCCCUCCCCCAUUUUUUCCCUCCCCAAAAAAGAAAAACCAACCCUCCUACCCACACCCCAGACUUCCCUCAGCUCCUCUCUCUGGUUUUUCAGCACGUUCUUCUCUGCAUAUUAUAAAAUUGUAAAGAUCCUUAAUUUCUCUAUCUAUAUAUUAUCAAUAAAAAAUUUCUGUGUGUUUAUUCAAAACCUGCCAAGGAGUCCAGUUCGUUUUGUUGUUUCUUUUAGUACUUUGUGAAAGGUUCCCGUUCUUCUUUAAAGUCACAGUUGCCCUUGUCACGUCGUUUGCGUGUCAAUUCCGCCAAUUCCGCGUGGUCCAUCAGUUUCUCUUCCCACAGUUCUUUGGUUGGGAUUUCUUCAUUCUUCCAUCCUUGUGCUAUUAAGACUCUUGCCGCCGUUGUCACGUACGUGAAGAUGUUUUUCAAUUUCCUUGGCAGGUCUUUUCCUACAAUCCCUAACAAAAAUGCUUCAGGCAGGUCCGUCAGCUUUUUAAUAAGAAUGUCAAAAAGCUGACGGAUCUGUACCUUCCUUCUCCCAUGGGUCUGAAAUCGUAGUUCCCCAACCAUUUAAGACAUGGAUGGGGGAUAUUUUUCUCUAUCCAAUGGCUAUUUGAUCUUCAAGUGGGGGGGAGAUGAUGUCUUACCAGGCCCUCCUGCUACUCCCGCCUGCACUCCCGUCAGGAGGUAGGUGCCCGAGUUUCGCACUCGCGACAGCUUCCUAGCUUUUCUCGAAGACAGCUGCAGGUGGAACGUAUUGCGGUGUGUCCUUGAGGUCACGAUGGCACAAUGUCCUUUUCUCUUUCCCAGGCUGGCCUCAUCGCAGACGCCUUCCCUGUUCAAGAAGCGAUCCCGCCGCGCGCCGUUUCGGCAUUAUCGCCCACAGGUAAAGGGGUACCAAGAGGUUGGCGGUGGAAAUAGCGUGGGGCUUUUCCAGUUGAAUACCUUCCUGUCGGGCGUCGACGUGACUGUUCCGUGGUUCAUGAAUUUGGUUCACAAUCUUUAUUUGUUCUGUAAAGUAGUUUUCAUUUUGUAACGUGCAUGGAACAGAGAAGAUGGUUAUGCCCCUGCCAUUGGUUCGAAUCCUGUCCCGCUCUGGAGGGUAGGACUCAAACCAAUGGCUUCAAGAUACAAGAAAUGAGUUUGUGACGAAACCUCAGGAAGAACUUUCUGACACUAAGACCUGUUCCGACAGUGGAACAGUCUCUCUCCGGAGGUUAUGGACUCUCCUUCCUUGAAGGUUUUUAAGCAGAGGUUGGGUGACCAUCUGUCUUGGAUGCUUUCGUUGAGAGUCCUGCAUUCUAUGAUCCUGUGACAACAAUUUUUAAAAUGAAAAGCAAAAGCAUGAAAUAGGCUGGUGGCAUGAGUCGUUGUAGGUUCUUUAGCUUCCUGAAAACCCAGCGUUCAAGAUGUUAGCAAAAGAAUAAUACAGUGGAACUUCGGUUUCUUCGAGCGUCUCGAAAGCCGAACGAUUUGGAACCCAAACGCCCAAAACCGGAAGUGAAUGCUUCCGUUUUUUAACAGUUUCCAAAGCGUGUUUCUCCCAUUUUCUCAAUGGAAUUUGCCGACCACCCAUUGAGCCUCAGUUGUGGAACGUUUUGGAAGUCGAACGGUCUUCUGGAACAGAUUGCGUUUGACAGCCGAGGUUCCACUGUAAUAAGCGUAUUUCUAGAGCUCAUGGCUGUAGAGAGAAACAUUGGCUGCCUGAAAUGGUGCUUUUGUCUCCUCCUCAGGUCUAGUAGAGGUACAGCAGAUUUUGCAGGCAUAUAUAUCGAUUGGUGUCUUUUGGGGGGGUAGUUUACUUAGGGGACGCGGGUGGCGCUGUGGGUUAAACCACAGAGCCUAUGACUUGUUGAUCAGAAGGUUGGUGGUUCGAAUCCCCGCGACGGGGUGAGCUCCCGUUGCUCGGUCCCUGCUCCUGCCCACCUAGCAGUUCAAAAGCACGUCAAAGUGCAAGUAGAUAAAUAGGUACCGCUCCGGCGGAAAGGUAAACGGUAUUUCCGUGCGCUGCUCUGGUUUCGCCAGAAGGAAAAACUGUCUGUGGACAAACGCAGGCUCCCUCGGACAGUAUAGUGGUACCUCAGGUUAAGUACUUAAUUCGUUCCGGAGGUCCGUACUUAACCUGAAACUGUUCUUAACCUGAAGCACCACUUUAGCUAAUGGGGUCUCCUGCUACUGCUGUGCCGCCGGAGCACGAUUUCUGUUCUUAUCCUGAAGCAAAGUUCUUAACCUGAAGCACUAUUUCUGGGUUAGCAGAGUCUGUAACCUGAAGUGUAUGUAACCUGAAGCGUAUGUAACCUGAGGUACCACUGUAAACCGAGAUGAGCGCCGCAACCGCAGAGUCGUCUGUGACUGGACUUAACUGUCAGGGGUCCUUUACCUUUUUAGUUUACUUAGCCUGUAAAGUUCAGGUUUUCUUGGCCUAAAAAGACAGAGGGGAGUUUCUGAUUCUCUCUCCUCCUCCCACCCAGGUUACCUGCCCCCAGAAUCCUGCUUGCUGUGUGGUUUGGAGCCCCCAUUGCUACACUGCCCCGCUUGUGCCCAGUCUCUGUGCCCAGACUGUGACCGCCUCUUCCACAAGCACCCCUCGCGGACCCAUCACUGCCGGGUGCCCAUGAAGGAGCAAGCUUGGCGUAGCCCCCCGACACCCAGGUUAGCGCAAUCGACCCCCGCUUUGACUCCGCUUCCGUCUUUCCAUCUUUCUGCCCCCAAGCUGCGUUCAUAAAGGCUAAUGAUUUGGCCCCUUUCCUGGGAUGGUUUUACUCGGGGUGGACAUUUCCUGCCUCUGUUCCGCUCACUUCAUGAGGAGGAAAUGGUAUUGGACGUGUCAGGGUGUCCUAAAGUCGCUUUGUGUUUUUAGUCAAGGAAGCGGCAGUUUUGUUUCUGGUGGGCAGAAGCAUCAUAGGAACGGCAACCUUGACCGUUUCCCUCACAGUUCUGAAAUAAUAAUAAUAAUAUUAAUAAUAAUAAUAAUAAUAAUUUAUUUAUACCCCACCCUCCCCGGCCAGAGCUGGGCUCAGGGCGGCUAACACCAAUAAAAUUACAAGAAAACACAAUGGGGGAGAACCAGUUUAUUAAAAUACAGGUUAAAAUAUAAUUUAAAAUGCAGCCUCAUUUGAAUAGUAGCCCAUAAAUCAAAUAGUCCACUCCCAAAAGGUGCCUUUUGGCUUAGAAGAUGUGGUCAUCCGGGUCCCGUCAAAACCCAUCCCUGCAGAAUGUACGCAUGUAGUCGAAAAAUAGCCUUGAAAUGAACCUUGCAUAGUUUUGCCCGGAAAAACAAGAUUUCUCCCAGCAUCAUGCAGGGUUCCCUUGGCAACGGGCUUCUUUAUUAGACAUGCUCUGAAGGAGGAGUGAGGCUGUUACUCUGGCCACACGGCUAAAGAGCAGAGAGGAGGAACGGUUUACCUUACUUCCCUUAGACAAUAGUAGUUGUCAUGUUAAGUCUUCAAUAAAUGCUUUAAGCAGAACUGGAACGGCAUGUCCAGGGCUCAUUUGCCUUUACCUUUACCUUAUUCCCAUGUGGGAAUUCGCCCACAGAUGAGCUGAACUAUGAAAUAAUAAUAAUAAAUUUAUUAUUCAUACCCCGCCCAUCUGGCUGGGUUUCCCCAGCCACUCUCGGCGGCUCCCAAUGGAGUAUUAAAAACACGAUAAAACAUCAAAUAUUAAAAACUUCCCUAAACAGGGCUGCCUUCAGAUGUCUUCUAAAAGUCAGAUAGCUGCUUAUUUCCUUGACAUCUGAGGGGAGGGCGUUCCACAGGGCGGGUGCCACCACCGAGAAGGCCCUCUGCCUGUUCCCUGCAGCCUCACUCCUCGCAGGGAGGGAACCGCCAGAAGGCCCUCGGAGCUGGACCUCAGUGUCCGGACUGAACGAUGGGGGUGGAGACGCUCCUUCAGGUAUAAGAAGAUUCUGGAAGGCUUUCUGUGCAACUCUGCUGACUCAAAAGGAGCAAAUUGCAUCAACAGUUUACAGGGCUGGCCUGAGGCAUUUUGCCCCCGCCCCCAGGGCAAAACAGAAAACGACGCCAUACCCUGAGAUGACUCAUUGGAUCAUUUUUUAAUUCGCGGGCUGGCCUCCAUCUGUGCGGUCUGCAGCAUAUGCUUCGCCUCGCUGCUGACCAGGUUUUUUAUUCAAAAUUAAAACAAGACAUAUUAUCCAAAAACAUACCAUCCUUGUUUUCCCCCCAUUUUUCCUCCCUCCCCCACAAAACCCACCCGCCCCCGCCCCCCAACUUCCCUCAGUUCCAGUCUUUGGUUUCUCUGAGACUGCUGUUUUCUGCAUGUUACAAAGUUGUAUAGCUCCUCAAACUAUUUCGCUGAUUACUAUCAAUAAAAAGUUUGUGAAUGUUUAUUCAAAACCUGCCAAGGAGUCCUGUUUGCUUUGUUGCGUCUUCAGAUACUUUGUAAAGGGUUCCCAUUCAUCCUUAAAGUCACAGUUAUCCUUCUCCCGUAGCUUACAUGUCAAUUUUGCCAGUUCUGCAUAGUCCGUCAAUUUUUCUUGCCAUGAUUCUUUAGUUGAGGUUUCUUCCGUCUUCCAUCCUUGUGCUACCAGAACUCUUGUGGCCGUUGUCGCAUACAUGAAGAUGUUUUUCAGCUUUUUUGGCAGGUCUUUGCCUGCAAUCCCCAACAAAAAUGCCUCACCAGCGCUUCUCUUUUGCCUCGGUUUCCGCUCUCUUUUCAGCGUGACCCUGGUGACGUCCGACGCCGGGUCCCUGAGGCCUCCGACGGAGCCCCUGAUGCCACCCUGGCACAGCCUGACCACCCAGCGGCUCCCUUGGUGCUGCGCCGCCUGCCGCAUGAACAACGACGCCCGCUCCGUCCUGUGCGUGGCCUGCGACCGGCCCCGCGGCUGCAAGACGCCCGUCAACCCGUCGCCCGAGGACGAGCCAGCCAGCUUGGGGCAGCUGGCCCGGGGACGCUGGGCCUGCCAGUCGUGCACCUUUGAGAACGAGCCGGCCACGGUCCUGUGCGCCAUGUGCGACAGACCCCGUCUGGCGGGGAAGCCCGGGACGGGAGACGCAAAGCCCCUCAUCGCCUGGGGGAAAGAGCCGGGGCCACAACAGCAAGACGUAAGUGUACCUCUGGGCCAGAGGGCUAUUUGGGAUUCCGUUUUUUUUUUUUUUAAAUUAUUAUAUUCCUUAUACAUACUUUUACAAUGCAGUACAGUAAAUCAUGGGACGUGGGUGGCGCUGUGGGUUAAACCACAGAGCCUAGGACUCGCUGAUCAGAUAGUCGGCGGUUUGAAUCCCUGCGACAGGGUGAGCUCCCGUUGCUCGGUCCCUGCUCCUGCCAACCUAGCAGUUCGAAAGCACAUCAAAGUGCAAGUAGAUAAAUAGGUACCGCUCUGGCAGGAAGGUAAACGGCAUUUCCGUGUGCUGCUCUGGUUCGCCAGAAGCGGCUUAGUCAUGCUGGCCACAUGACCCGGAAGCUGUAUGCCGGCUCCCUCGGCCAAUAAAGUGAGAUGAGCGCCGCAACCCCAGAGUCGGCCACGACUGGACCUAAUGGUCAGGGGUCCCUUUACCUUUACCUUACAGUAAAUCACAUAAAUACUUUAGCUCUGCCAAGCUUACAACUUCCCUCCAUCCCUUCAGCGAGUAUUCCUUAAUUUCUUAUAUCGCGUAUUCUAUUUAUUUAACCUUAUAUCUGCCAUACAUUGUAAGAGCUAUUUCAGUCCUGCCAGUGUCUUUAAAGUUUUACAAUUAUCUUUUAUAUACACCAUAAAUUUACUCCCAACUUUCUUGAAACUUCUGAUCGUCCUGGUCCUGAAUUUUCCCCGUCAGUUUGGCUAACUCUGCAUAACUCAUCAUUUUCGUCUACCACUCCGCAAUAGUGGAAACUUCUUGCAAUUUCCAGUUUGUAGCAAGCAUAUUUCUUGCUGCAGCUGUGGCGUACAUGAAAAAUCUUUGAUCCACUUUCUUAAUUUUCUUCCCCAUCAACCCCAACAAAAAGGCUUCUGUUUUUUUGGGGAAAGUGUAUUUGAAUAUUUUCUUAAGUUUAUUGUAAAUUAACUCCCAAAAGUUCUUAAGUUUAUCACAAGUCCACCACGUGUGGUAAAAGUCUCCAUCUGCCUCUUUGCAUUUCCAACAUUUUUUGUCCUUCAUCCUAUACAUUUUUGCCAGCUUUACCGGUGUUAGAUGCCACCUAUAAGUCAUUUUCAUUAAGUUCUCUUUGAAAGCCGUACAUGUCGUAAAUUUCAUAUUUACAUCCCAUAAUUCAUACCAUCCAUCCAACUCAAUAUUAUGGAGGACGAUUUGGGAUUCCUAGAGUCCUUUGGCGGCGCUUUCCCUCGGGUUGCUGGCUUAAAACCAACUCACACCACACUUCAUAUAUUUAUUACGGAUACAUUUAUUUAAUGGGGUAGGAGAGCUGAUGAUCAUGCCAAUGUAUUUCACAUCCGGCAAUCAAUGUGGGUUUCAGAUAGUACAUGGGUAGGGGAUGCAGGUGGCGCUGUGGUCUAAACCACUAAGCCUCUUGGGCUUGCCGAUCGGAAGGUCAGCGGUUCGAAUCCCCGCGACGGGGUGAUCUCUCGUUGCUCUGUCAGUGUAGCAGUUCGAAAGCACGCCAGUGCAAGUAGAUAAAUAGGUACCGCUGCAGCGGGAAGGUAAAUGGCGUUUCCGUGCACUCUGGUUUCCGUCAUGGUGCCCUGUUGCGCCAGAAGCAGUUUAGUCAAGGUGGCCACAUGACCUGGAAAGCUGUCUGUGGACAAACGCCGGCUCCCUCAGCCUGAAGCAAGAUGAGCGCCGUAACAUCAUAGACUGGAGAUAACUGUCCAGGAGUCCUUUACCUUUUUACUUACCUGGUAAAGGGACCCCUGACCAUUAGGUCCAGUCGCAGACGACUCUGAGGUUGUGGCGCUCAUCUCGCUUUAUUGGCCAAGGGAGCCAGCGUACAGCUUCCGGGUCAUGUGGCCAGCAUGAUUAAGCCGCUUCUGGCGAACCAGAGCAGCGCACGGAAACUCCGUUUACCUUCCCGCCGGAACGGUACCUAUUUAUCUACUUGCACUUGACGUGCUUUCGAACUGCUGGGUUGGCAGGAGCAGGGACAGAGCAACGGGAGCUCACCCCGUUACGGGGAUUUGAACCGCCGACCUUCUGAUCGGCACGUCCUAGGCUCUGUGGUUUAACCCACAGCGCCACCUGCGUCCCUGGUACAUGGGUAGAUGAGUCUAAAAAGCCCAGGACACAGAUUUUUAUGGUCCUCUAGCAGCUAUUUACCAGAAACGAUGUAUUUAGCGUUACCUCUGGAAGCGUACACUCGAUUCUGACCAAACUAAGCGCCCGGUGUAAAUUUUUCUCACGAAGCGGGUUCUGUGCAGGGAAUUUCCUCUCGCAACUGAUCCCAGCCAGCUUUCGCUCUUCUGUCCAUCCGCUGACGGGGUGGUGCUGCGUGUCGAUCUGCAUCUUAACCUUAGGGCCGUGGGUUCGAGCCCCACGUCGGGCCAAAGGAUCCUGCAUUGCCGGGGGUUGGACUAGAUGACCCUCGGGGUCCCAGCUCUACGAUUCUACGAUUCCUUUUCCUCCAGGCCUCUGGCUGGCAGUGUGAGCACUGCACCUUCUGGAACAAGUGCCCCGGGCGGGUGUGCGAGAUGUGCAACUGCACCAGCCAGCGAGGGGGCCCCGAGCCCUCGCGGCCCCACGCCAAGCCGGAGAAGGAGGAUGACGAAAGGUCAAGGAAGGGGACGGCGGAGGUCAAAGCUGAUCUGAGGAGUCUGCGGAAGGCUCUGCCCAUCUCCCAGGAGGAGGCGGAGCAGCGGAGGCAGGAGAAACUGCGGGAGGACGGGCAGAAGAUGGUGGCCAUGAUCCGGGUGAGAAUUUGCCGGUGGGGGGAGGAAUCAUCUGACUGUCCACAGGCAAUCAGGCUUGCAAGGGGUGGCUGGGUCAAGUGGACCUGCAAGACUCCCUGCCUGUCCCUCUCCUCAGGCCACACCCCUCACACCCUUAUUUACAUGUGAUGCUCCGCCCACUUUUUGCCCCUGGGAAGAAGGGAACUUUUCCCCCAGGCUGAAAAUAAGGCUUCUCCACUCCCUGUGGGUUAAACCACAGAGCUUGCCAAUCAGAAGGUCGGCGGUUCGAAUCCCCGUGACGGGGUGAGCUCCCGCUGCUCGGUCCCUGCUCCUGCCAACCUAGCAGUUCGAAAGCACGUCAAAGUACAAGUAGAUAAAUAGGUACCGCUCCAGCGGGAAGGUAAAUGGCGUUUCCGUGUGCUGCUGUGGUUCGCCAGAAGCGGCUUAGUCAUGCUGGCCACAGGACCCGGAAGCUGUACGCCGGCUCCCUCGGCCCAUAAAGCGAGAUGAGCGCCGCAACCCCAGAGUCGGCCACGACUGGACCUAAUGGUCAGGGUUCCCUUUACAUUUCCCCUACUCCUGGUUUAGAUGGUCUAAAUGUCGGCAUCUCAGACCAAAAUGCUUCUACACCUCUGCCCUAAUUCUAAAAUGGUAUUCUGCAUUUCCAGCUUCAAAAUGGCGGAUUAUUUUUACACCAUGAUGAAUUUGAGUGGGGAGCAGGGAGGGUGUAUUCUAAAAAGCCGUGUUUAAUUUCACACACACACACACACACACACACAGAAUAAUUCAGAGUGCUUUUUGAAGGACUUUUUGGUCCAAGGCAAAGCAGUUUUGUGUGUGUGUGGAUUUUCAGCUGAGGAAUGGGGAGUGGGCACACCAAAUGGGGGUUCAGCGUACGUCCCCCUCUUUCAGCUUAGAUCCCCAAGGUGGCAGUUGGGGGCACCACAGUGCUCUCAGGCCCCCUUAUUUGCCCAUCAAAGUCCAAGAACCUUCCUUUAUUUAUUCAGAUCUUUUUUUAUGGACGUAGUUGUUCAUUUGAGGAGGGGCAGUUGCCUCCUUCCCCCCACCUUGAUUUAUUUAUUUUGAAGCGUUUUACUUGCGGGAUGGGCUUGUUUCUGAGAAUCGUCGGUUUUUCUUCUGCAAAAUGGGCAUGUCUUAGGUUUCCCCUGGGGCCUAAAAGCUUUGGGAACCUCCUUUUCAGCAUUUUCUGUUAGCGUGACCGAAUUUGGGGCCGGGAGGAGGAGAGAUCAGAAUUGCAGGGGGUGGCUGCGGAGACCCCUUUUUCCGGCGCAAAUAUCAGGCCUUCCUUCUCCCUCCUGACCCGGCCGAGAGAGUUGCCGACCAGCUUGAAAAGCCCCUUGCUGGAUUUGACCCAGGCCCGGACCUCCUGCGCUUUUGGACCCGGGCCUCGAACCCUUCCCUCCUUUUCCCCCCUCAGGAAGCGGAAAAAGUCGGCGUGGCCCCCGAAUUGGUGGCGGCCGCCUUGCGCUACUCUGGGGCGGAGCUUCCCCUGGCGUGGCUGAAUUCGGAGCUCCCUGGGGUGCUGGAAGGCGUGGCUGAGCUGGCCACGCAGCGAGGCGAGCAGGAGCCCGGCGGAGGCCUGGGGGUCUUGACCCGCCAGGAAGUCCAGGCGGCUUGGACAGAGAGCCUGGGGGACGUGGACGAAGCCGUCAGCCGAUGCCUCAGCGCACGGCGCAGGAAGGUCAGCCGGGACGGGACGGGCCUCUGGAGAAAGGGGUCAUGUUGUAGGGGGGAAAUAUUUUGGGCGAACACAGCAUGGGCUGUCAAGGGUCGUUCCAGGACGUGGGCGGAGCUUGGAAAAUGGGGGCGGCCUUAAAGGAUGGUCUGGGAAGUGGGUGGGGCCAGGUCAGCCAAUCAGGAUAGGUUCUGGAAAAAGGGGAGGUGCUUGUGAAUUGGGGGAAUGGGAGGAGAUGAUGGACUUUUUGGAGCUGGCCGACCAGACUUGAAGAAUCCGCGAGCAGAAAGAGGAGGAAACACAAGAAGAAUGGAAGAAAUUCAAGGAUUAUUUAGCUAGAUAUUCUAAGAUAAUAUAAGCAGAAUUACUUGUCGGUACCAAACUGGCCUAGGAGUAAGAUAUGUUGAAUUGUAUAACAUUAUGGAUUGAAAACAUUAAGAGAAGAAAGAAAGAUGUUAAUUGAAUAAGUUAAUUUUAUUGGAAAACUGCUACAAUGAGUUCUAUGGAAACUCAGCUGGGGGGGAUUCGAGGAAGUGAUUUAAUAAAGAUAAUUCAAUUGGGAUUUUAGCGUUAGGAUAUAUGUUUGUUCGUUUGCCUUUUUUAUAUUGUAUUGUUUUUCUUUUAUGUUUGUUAUAAAUUUGGAAAAUUAAUAAAAUAUUUGGGGGGAAAGAGGGGGAAUGGGAGGGGCCUAUAUUUUGUGGGUGGAGCCUCGGGGCAGAAUUCGCACCUGAGCCAAUGUCUGGAAGAAGUUGGGGAGGCCCGGAGAAAUGGAGAGAGAGGAGAGGGCAGUGAAGGAGCCUGGGAUUCAUUAAGAAUAGGAACAAUUUACGGGUGAGAAAGGAAAGAGGGAGCGAAGCUGUGCUGAGUUUGGAAAGGGAACGGGCUGCUGGGCUGGAAGGGGCAGGGUUGUGCUUGAGGCAAAGCUUUGUUUGAGCUCCCUCAGUCUCAGGCCCUGGAUGUGCCCCUCCAGAAAAAUUUUUUGUAAAAGACCUCCUCUGAGCACAUGCAGAGUGCUUUUGGAAGCUGAGCUCUGCGCUGCGGCCCACCGGAAGGGUGGGAUCUGGCUGAAUACGCCCUCUUUCCAUGCAGUUGCGGGAGCUGAAGGCGCUGGGCUUUGAGGAGCGUGGCCCCGUGCUGCAGGCCCUGUACCAAAACAACGGGGAUCUGUGGCGAGCCUUGACGCAGCUGCAGUGCCAGCGGUUGGAGCCCUUUCUUCAGCGCAUGUGGGAAUACGAAGACCCUCCCUUCGACUUCCACAGCCCCGACCGACAGGUGAGAGAGAGAGAUUAAGGCAGGAGUGCCCAAACUUUUUCCAAAGAGGGCCAGAUUUGAAGAAGUGAACAUGCGUGAGGGCCGACCGCAGAUGUUGAGCUUUUUUGAGGAUUUAACCCCAAAGUUGUUGAGCUUUAUUUUACAAUUUUACUCCGUAGUUGUUGAGCUUAUUUUAGGAUUGAAGUUGCUUCGAUCCCCAGCACAUAUAUUCUUCAUCAUCAACCUUUAUUACGGUCCAGAGACCCAACAAAUCGUUACAAAGCAAUACACAAUUCAUACAGCCUACCUCCAGGUUACACAAGUAUUUCGUUCAGAAUAUAGGGAUCAUUGGUUCUUGCAACCACCGUUAAAAACUUUGCCACUGCUAAUGUUCUAGCGUUUGUCCGGUCUUCCAAUAGGAGCCUGACAUAGUGAGCCUCUGAUUUUCCCAGUAAAGGUACCAGCAAGGGUAAUAUCAGUUCAGCUCUGGCUUGCUCAUGUUUUGCACAGUGCAACAAAAUAUGUUUUAUGGAAUCGAUGUCUUGAGCACACGAGCAAAGUCUGUCCUGGUAGGGAACUCCUCUCAACCUGCCAUCCAACACUGCAGAAGGAAAGAUGUUUAGUCCGGCUUUGGUGAAAAGCCUUCGGUAAUUUGGUACUGUCAGGUUUUUAAUGUAAGAUGUUAACUUAAAGAAGACAUGCCCGUAUUGUACUCCUACUGCCAGUGGACUACAGACUGCGUGCGAUCGAUAUCACAAGUCACUGUGUGCAUUACCCCAUGAUCUUUGCUUUAACGUCUUUAGGGCGCAUUCAUAACCCAGGUAAUACAGUUGGGGGGGUGACAGACCAAUAGAGGUGGCUUUUUUAGCCAUGGUUUUCUGUGCAUAUAUUGCCACAGGGGCCAGAUUAAAACGACCGGCAGCAGGCCGGAUUAGGCCCCCCAAAUGGACUUUGGACAUGCCUGGAUUAUGGUCUUUCGGAGGUGGCUGGAGGGGGACGCCGCCAUUAUCCUUCCUGUUGCACUGUCUAACUCUUUCUCAUCCUUUCAGGCUCUCCUCCGCCGCCUGCUGGCCUCCCUUUCCCUGCCCAGCUGGGGCCGGGCGGAGCUGGUGGUCUCCUUGAUGCUUGAGCAGCCAAGUGAAGGCGGAUGGGAGCUGGCUGACAUUGUGGAGGCCGUCAAGGCCUCGCCUAGCCGGGACUUCAUCAAGCGUCUGUUGAGCUGGGAGUGUGCCGUCUGCAGCCUGGCUUUGCCUCGAAACAAGGUACCAGACGCGGCUCCUAUGCUGGGUCCUGGGAGAAGGUUCACUCUCUCAUCCUGCAGCUCAGUCGGUGUUCCUCUUUAGGAAUUACAGUGGUACCUUGGUUCUCAAACUUAAUCCGUUCCGGAAGUCCGUUCCAAAACCAAAGCGCGUUUUCCCAUCAAAAGUAAUGCAAAAUGGAUUAGUCCUUUCCAGACUUAAACCCCUAAAACAGCAACUUAACAUGAAUUUUGCUAUCUCACGAGACCAUUGAUCCAUAAAAUGAAAGCACUAAUCAAUGUACUGUACUACAAAAUAAAUAAGACGGUACAGUGGUACCUCGGGUUAAAAACUUAAUUCGUUCUGGAAGUCCGUUCCAAAACCAAAGCGCGUUUCCCCAUCAAAAGUAAUGCCAAAUGGAUUAUUCCUUUCCAGACUUAAACCCCUAAAACAGCAACUUAACAUGAAUUUUGCUAUCUAACGAGACCAUUGAUCCAUAAAAUGAAAGCAAUAAUCAAUGUACUGUACUAUAAAACAAAUAAGACAGUACAGUGGUACCUCGGGUUAAGAACUUAAUUCGUUCUGGAGGUCCCUUCUUAACCUGAAACUGUUCUUAACCUUAGAUAAUGGGGCCUAUUGCUGCCACCGCACGAUUUCUGUUCUCAUCCUGAAGCAAAGUUCUUAACCCGAGGUACUAUUUCUGGGUUAGCGGAGUCUGUAACCUGAAGCGUCUGUAACCCAAGGUACCACUGUAUUGUAGAUAAUAAAAAUAAAAAAUAAAUAAAUUUCUUGCCUGCACUGAUGAUAGUCAUUGUUUGUAUGGGAGGCUUUUAUCCAUUUCUGCAGUCACACAAUCAAUCAAUCCGUAACUGAACUGGGUUCCACAUAGUCACAACAACAAAUAAACUGAUAAAGCCUCAAAAGCAGAAACACAAAAUAAACAACAUAAACAAAAGCACCUAACUUAAUCCGUUCCGGAAGUCCAUUUGACUUCCGAAAUGUCCAAAAACCAAGGCGCAGCUUAUGAUUGGCGCAGGCGCCCCGGAAACAAUAGCCAACAGCCGCAUUGGCCGUUCGGCUUCUGAAAAACGUUCGAAAACCGGAACACUUAUUUCCAGGUUUUUGGCGUUUGAGAACCAAGGUACCACUGUAUUCCAGAGUCUGAAAUACAGAGCACAAAAUAAAGUUGGUAUACAAUCACAGAGCGUCAUAACCUUGAUUACAUCUUAAUAGCAAAGCUUGUCAUAAUUGUGGCUUAAUAGCAGCCUGCUGCCUGGCUCUGGUUGGGAACUCAAAGGGACCAAAAAAAUCGGUGUGGUUUUCAAAGGUUCAGUCCGGCAUCUUGCAUCCGGUUGUGUCCUAGCAUAAACUAAAACCUCCUUGAUCUCAGGAACCGCCAUGCAAAAUUUGGAUAUGGUACCUUAAGAGGUGUUCAGAUACAGAGAGAGACAGACUUUCCAAAAUACAGUGAAAUAUAAGAAUCGCUCUUCAAACUAUGAUGGCUAACCAGAUCUACUGUCAUGCAAGCGUAAAGAAAACCUCACCUUUAUAUUGGCAAUUUGUGAAUCCUUUUAUAACAGUAAGGUAAAGCUACAUCAUUAUCGUCUCUCUUAUGUUCCAGCUUAGUUAUAAUUAAUGCAACAGCCUGCAAUAGACUUUGGAUAAACUUGCAUUUAUGUCAUCAAUGUAGCGCAGUUUUUGCAAUGGCUAUCAAAGGAGCUCAAAUGCAAACAAUUCCUUUUUUUUUUUUAAAGCAUAUUUGGAUAGAAAUUAAACAGUCAUUCUCAAAACCUCGGUUGCUGAUUAAUUUGUACUUUCUGGUAUGUGUCUUUGGAAUGUAAUGGGAUUUUAUAUUCGGCUCUGGUUUAGGAGACCUUGAGUUUUAAAAAUCCUCCCAACUUGCUUAUCUGUGGAGGCAGAACUUUCUGUCUGGCAUUAACUGUUUCUCUUUAGUCAAGGUCAGGUCAACUAGCCUGAGACAUUCUUAUUUCUGCAGAAAUAAAAGCUUCACCUUUGUUUGUGUGGCUCAUCUGCUCUGAGAUGAUCUCCCAUUGCCUGUGCCAAGUGAGCGGGGGUGUCAGUUGCAGCUGCAGUAUUUCAAUUUUAAUUGGAUUGGUCUGUUUAAGUCUGGUAUAAUUGACUUAUGUAGGGCAACUGGGAAAUUCUUUGAUGCUUUCGGAGGGGGUUGGGGGUCUAAUUGUCAGCCACGUUACUUAAAGACAUCAAAUUUGUCCUGUUCAGUUAAUUUUCAUUUGCAGUAUUUUACUUGCUGGGGCUCGGAGGAUAUUUCGUUUACUUCUUUACUAUGUUUGUUAUUAAUUUUCCUUGUAUUUUUGCAACUGGCUUUUGCGUGCAGCGGUCAUUUUUAUCCCAAAGAGGAUGGUGCUCUGUUUAGUUGUCAGUUGUGUUUUGCAGAAUGCAGAAAUUCCCUGGCUUUUUUUGGGUACUGUUUCCUGUUUAACCUUUGCUGUAAACCGCUAGAGGUUUGCUUUUGAACGUAAGCAGUAUAUAAAUUGCCCGUUAAUAAUGCUUAAUAGCCAGUGUGGUGUAGUGGUUAAGAGCAGUAGUCUCAUAAUCUGGGGAACCAGGUUUGCGUCUCUGCUCCUCCACCUGCAGCUGCUGGGUGACCUUGGGCCAGUCACACUUCUCUGAAGUCUCCCAGCCCCACUCACCCCACAGAGUGUUUGAUGUGGGGGAGGAAGGGGAAGGAGAAUGUUAGCCACUUUGAGACUCCUGAAGGGGAGUGAAAGGCGGGAUAUCAAAUCCAAACUCUUCUUCUUCUUCUUCUUCUUCUUCUUCUUCUAAAUAUUAGGGACGCGGGUGGCGCUGUGGGUUAAACCACAGAGCCUAGGACUUGCCGAUCAGAAGGUUGGCGGUUUGAAUCCCCGCGGCGGGGUGAGCUCGCGUUGCUCGGUCCCUGCUCCUGCCAACCUAGCAGUUCAAAAGCACACCAGUGCAAGUAGAUAAAUAGGUACCGCUCCGGCGGGAAGGUAAACGGUGUUUCCGUGCGCUGCUCUGGUUCGCCAGAAGCGGCUCAGUCCUGCUGGCCACAUGACCCGGAAGCUGUACGCUGGCUCCCUCGGCCAAUAAAGCGAGAUGAGCGCAGCAACCCCAGAGUCGGUCACGACUGGACCUAAUGGUCAGGGGUCCCUUUACCCUUUACCUUAAUGCUAAAUAUUAGUCUCAUAAGCACAUAAAAAGAGCCUUCAGGAUCAGGCCAGUGGCCCAUCUGGCCCAGCAUCCUGUUCUCCCAUUGGCCAACCAGAUGCCCCAAUGGGAAGGAUUGAUCCUGAAUUCAACAGUGCACCCCCCCUCCUCUGGCCUUCAGCAACAGGAACUCAAAAGCAUUGCUGCCCCUAGCCAGUGCCGGAUUUACGUAUAAGCUAAACAAGCUAUAGCUUAGGGCCCCGCUCUCCUGGGGGCCCCCAAAAGAUGUAAAGGGAAAAAACCUGAAUGUACAUUUCAAAAUAUAAGAUAAAAAAAAAAAUACAGUGGUACCUCGGGUUACAGACGCUUCAGGUUACGCGAUUUCGGGUUGCGCACUGCGCCAAACACGGAAGUACCGGAACGGGUUACUUCUGGGUUUCAGCGCAUGCGCAGAAGCACUAAAUCAUGCUUUGCACAUGCGCAGAAGCGCCAAAUCGUGACCCGCGUGUGUGCAGAUGCGGUGCUGCGGGUUGCGAACGGUGCGGGUUGCAAACAUGCCUCCCACACGGAUCACGUUCGCAACCCGAGGUUCCACUGUAAAAUAAAACCUACAUACAGCAACAGUGUUUUGUGUUGUGUAGGUUCCUAUGGUGUAAGUAAUGGGCCUCACCUGCUAGCCUGCCCCCUAAAAUAUCACUGGUUUGCUCCUUUCUAUAUAUAGGGUGCCUCCAUUCUGCAUGUGCAAAUGGCUUGAGAUACCUAUUAGGUCCAUAAAUGACCAUAUAGCAUAUAGUAAAGGUGAAGGGACCCCUGACCAUUAGGUCCAGUCGUGACCAACUCUGGAGUUGCGGCGCUCAUCUCGCUUUAUUGACUAAGCCGCUUCUGGCGAACCAGAGCAGCACACGGAAACGCCGUUUACCUUCCCGCCUGAGCGGUACCUAUUUAUCUACUUGCACUCUGACGUGCUUUCGAACUGCUAGGUUGGCAGGAGCAGGGACUGAGCAAUGGGAACUCACCCCCUCGCGGGGAUUCAAACCGCCGACCUUCUGAUCGGCAAGUCCUAGGCUCUGUGGUUUAACCCACAGCGUUAUUCAACACAAAAAAACAGUGACAAUUUGUUGUUGACAUAGGACAGCUGGACAUAUAAAGGGCCCCAUUACCUUCAGUAGCUGAGGGCCACAUCAAACCUAAAUGCGGCCCUGUCUCUAGCUGUGGAAUCAGAGCACAGCCAUCGUAGCUAAUAGCCAUCGAUAGCCCUCUUCCCCUCCAGGAUUUUGCCCAGUCCUCUUUUAAAGCCGUCCAAAUCAGUGGCCAUCCCUGUCUCCUGCGGCAAAGAGUUCCACAGUUUAACUAAACGCUUGCGUCAAGAAGUAAUUUCUUUCCUGAGUCUUCCUUCGUUCACCUUCGUGGGAUGCACACGGUAGAGUCUCACUCAGCCGGUCUGUUCUUGUGUGUGUUUUUUCAGAUGCAGUCGCUGACGUCGUGUGAGUGCACGAUUUGCCCGGAAUGCUUUGCCCUGCACUUCACCAUCGCCGUGAAGGAGAAGCACAUCACAGACCUGGUGUGUCCGGCCUGCUCAGAGCCCGAGAUCAGCGACGAAGGGGAGCUCAUCAACUACUUCUCCACCCUCGAUAUCCAGGCAAGUCAUCUCUGCGCACUCCUGCACCCUAGAUUGUUGUUGUUGUUGAGUCGUUUAGUCGUGUCCGCCUCUUCGUGACCCCCUGGACCAGAGCAUGCCAGGCCCUCCUGUCUUCCACUGCCUCCCGCAGUUUGGUCAAACUCAUUUUCGUAGCUUUGAGAACACUGUCCAACCAUCUCAUCCUCUGUUGUCCCCUUCUCCUUGUGCCCUCCAUCUUUCCCAACAUCAGGGUCUUUUCCAGGGAGUCUUCUCUUCUCAUGAGGAGGCCAAAGUCUUGGAGCCUCAGCUUCAGGAUCUGUCCUUCCAUUGAGCGCUCAGGGCUGAUUUCCUUCAGAAUGGAGAGGUUUGAUCUUCUUGCAGUCCAUGGGACUCUCCAGAGUCUCCUCCAGCACCAGAAUUCAAAAGCAUCCAUUCUUGGUGGUCCAGCUGGAGCAGGAACCGGCAAGCCACUCCAGUAUCCCUGCCAAGAAAACUCCAUGGACAAAGACAACAGGCAUCCUAGAUACAUUCCCCAAAUGCCAAAUUUCCACUCCAUGCUCACAUCUGCUUCUCUGUAGAAACGCAGCCUGCGUUUUAACAAAUGGCGACGUCCCUUUUAACAGGUCCUUGGUGCCUCUUUUAAUUUUUAUUUUAUUUUUUUAAGAAAUUGGGAAGGAAAGCAAGGAGGGAGGAAAAGUGCAGAUUGAAUUGGAGGUGGGCCUGACUUUUCCUUACUUGCCAGCCCUCCUUUUUGUGUAAGGGUUGGGCCCAGCUAGGAGAGAGAGUUUCUGAGCUCCGUUUUCAAAGAACCUUCCUUCCAGCCCACCUUUAGGGGGAAAAUAGUUGCCAUGUAUAGAAUCAGACCAUAGGCCCAUCCACCUCACUACGACCACACAGACUGAAUGUCAAAACAGAAAGGAUUUUAUUGGGGAGAAAAGUUGGCCAGAGGAGGAGAAAGGGAGGUCUGUAAACACAGACCAGGAAAUAAAAAUUGUAUAGCCAAUCCAACUGUCAGGGAACUGCAGGCAGCGAGGGAGGAAAGAAUUAGAGGAUACAGGGAACGAUCUCCACUGCUCAGUACUGAGUCCUCCUCAGAAGACAGAGAAGAGGAUAGUGAGUCUGGGGAGGAAGGGGUGCUUCAGAGAGAGGGGGGUCCACGUCACAGGGGAUAACGGAAGGGGCUGAGCCGUUGGCUGUGUUGGUCUCGAGGGAAAGGGAAAAGAGAAACCAGUCAGAGCAGCGCGUCAUGGGAGACGGGUCGCUUUGUUUAUACUGCAUGUAAUCUUGUCAGAAGGAAAUAAAGAAAGGAAUUUAUGGCUGGCUGCCAGGAGUGUUUUCUCUGCUAAGUGCAGCGACGCAUGCAGCUGGCUAGCUGACACCAACAUGUUACAUAACAUGUUACAGAAGCAUAGCUGUCAACUUUUCCCUUUUCUUGUGAGGAAUCCUAUUCGGAAUAAGGGAAUUUCCCUUAAAAAAAGGGAAAUGACAGCUAUGCGGAAGAGAGAUUUUUAGGUGAGAGCAUCUUGGACUUCAGGAAGGAAGGAAGGAAGGAAGGAAGGAAGGAAGAAUGCCACACCCUCAUAAAACUCAAUAGCCUAUUUUAUAAGAUGGACAGUUGUUUAGCUCAGUGGCCGAACUGUUGUCUCCAAGGCCAGCCCUGCUGCUUCUUAUCUUGUCUUGACUGCCCCUGAAGGGACCGUUUGUUCUAUCUCUCUCAUAAAAUAAAAUAAAAAGGAACACCAUUUGUCUGUUUCCCAUAUUCUGCUUCCUUUACCUCCCCACAGCUGCGCGGUUGCCUGGACCCCGAGACCUAUGAGCUCUUCAACAAGAAGCUGAUGGAGCGCGUUCUCAUGCGCGAUUCCAAGUUUCAGUGGUGCACGCAUGUGAGUAAAGGACUGUUUUGGGAAGGGGAAGAGUUUAUCAGGGAGGGAGAGGCUGGAUGCAAAGGGGGCCUCCUCCCGAAAGACAAACGAUGAAUCGUCUGGACUUCGAAACGAGUCAACGUGAUUCAUAUAUAAAAAGUCUGCCGCCUUGGUCACACUCUAGCGCGACUGAGAGACGAGGCGGGGCUUUGGAGGUGCCUUAAGGGAGAGGUGAAAUCGCUGAAAACCUGUCCCCCUCCCCACCCUGCAAGUUCAUUUUUGUGCAUUUAGGUCUCGCCCACCUCUGAGGUGCUGAAGAUGAGGUGCUCAGCUAUUCUUAGUUACAAGAAACUGCCUAACUCCGAGCGAGGCCUUUGAGCCGUCUAGCGCAGGACUGCCUGCACUGACCGGCAGCACCUCUCCAGGAUUUGGGUCAGCGAGUUUCUCCCAGCCCUACCUGGAGAUGGCAGGAUUUGAACCCGGAACAUUCUGUGCGCAGAGCAGAUUGUUCUACCCCAGAAUUACGACCCUUCUCACUACAGUGGUACCUCUGGUUGCGAGCGGGAUCUGUUCCGGGGGGCACGUUCGCAAGAUGAAAAGAACGCAACCCACAGUGGCGCAUUUCCGCAUGUACGGGUUGCGAUUCGCCGCUUCUGAGCAUGCGCGUGACGUCGUUUUGCGCUUCUGCGCAUGUGCGAGCGGCGAAACCCGGAAGUAACUACUGCAACGUGCUCUACCUGGGGCUACCUUUGAAGGUGACCCGGAAACUGCAAUUAAUCCGGAAUGCGGCAGCUAGACUGGUGUCUGGGAUUGGCUGCCAGGACCACAUAACACCGGUCCUGAGAGAUCUGCACUGGCUCCCAUUACGUUUCCGCGCACAAUUCCAAGUGUUGAUGCUGACCUUUAAAGCCCUAAACGGCCUCGGUCCUGUAUACCUGAAGGAGCGUCUCCACCCCCAUCGUUCAGCCCGGACACUGAGAUCCAGCUCCGAGGGCCUUCUGGUGGUUCCCUCAUUGCGAGAAGUGAGGUUACAGGGAACCAGACAGAGGGCCUUCUCGGUAGUGGCGCCCACCCUGUGGAACGAUCUCCCUUCAGAUGUGAAGGAAAUAAGCAGCUAUCCUAACUUUAAAAGACAUCUGUAGGCAGCCCUGUUCAGGGAAGUUUUUAAUAUUUAACGCUGUACUGUUUUUAACACUUGAUUGGGAGCCGCCCAGAGUGGCUGGGGAAACUCAGCCAGAUGGGCGGGGCAUAAAUAAUAAAUUAUUAUUAUUAUUAUUAUUAUUAUUAUUAUUAUUAUGACUGAGGUAUGACUGUAAUAGGCUUGUUUAUUCCCCACCUGUCACCUCCUCCUCAAUUGUGACAAGUGUCCGGCUCUUCUAAGAGCCUAGGGUCAGGAGAAGGGACUCCCAGGAUGCUUUGUGAUCGCUUCUCCCUUUCUUUUCCUCCUCUCUCUAGUGCUCCUUUGGCUUCAUCUACGAGUCUGAGCAGCUGGAGGCCAAAUGUCCGCAGUGCCGCAAGAGCUUCUGCGUCCAGUGCAAGCGUCAGGUGGGUGAGGCCGCUUCCUGCGGGGUGGUUGUGGAGCAGCGAAGGGACUGCCAUCGUGUUGGGAGCAGCUGUGUCUUGCGAGGAGACUUGGGUAGCCAUUGAGGUCCAUAGAUAUCUCUCACACAAACACGCUCUCUCUCUCUCGAAGCCUCGUUGUUGCUUUGUUCUUCCCAGAAACCCAAGAAGCCAGUCCAUUGUUGAGAUCAGGGGUUAGGUAGGUAGGUAGGUAGGUAAUUUAUUACGGUCGGAGACCAGCUUAUAAAACACACUUGGGGGUACAAUUCCAGAAGGAAAACAAACAUUUAAGACAAUGUACAACAAUACAGUGGUACCUUGGGUUACAUACGCUUCAGGCUACAGGCGCUUCAGGUUACAGACUCCGCUAACCCAGAAAUAUUACCUCGGGUUAAGAACUUUGCUUCAGGAUGAGAACAGAAAUCGUCCUCCGGCGGCGCAGCAGCAGGAGGAGGCUGCAUUAGCUAAAGUGAUGCUUCAGGUUAAGAACAGUUUCAGGUUAAGAACAGACCUCCGGAAUGAAUUAAGUACUUAACCCGAGGUACCACUGUAAAUUUAAAAUUUAUAAAUGCGAUAAGCAUAUAGACACUUAAAACUUUAAGAUAAGCUAUCGCAGAGAGAUGACCCAGAGUCACCCAUGGAACCGAGUUUGGGCAUUUUCUUAACGAACUAGUUUGGGUCGGGGGAUGGUCUGCGCUUACAGAUCUGUACACAGAAUCUGGCAACCAUCCGGGUCGUCUUAUGAUCUUUGCCUAACAGGGAAAGGUCAAAUUUUUGCUUUUCCAGGAGGUCAGCGAGCCUCACCAGCAGGGGAUCAAUGGUCUCACUACGUGCCUCUUCAUAGUAGGGACAUCUAAAAAACAAGUACUCUGGGCUUCCCAUCUCCCCCAAUGAACAGGCGCAAAGCACGUGGGACUUUUUUAAAGGAUCCUUCCUGGACCGGCGAGGGCAGAGCUGAGCUUCUGGCGAUUGUAAAAGCCCUUCUUGCAUUUUUGGAUACGAGACAGAAGAGAUAUGUUGCCGGUGCGGCUAUAUAUCUCUCGAUUUCUCCAAUUUUAUAGUCGGGGCACCUUGAGCAAUCCUGUUGUCUCUCGGUGUCUAUGAUUCUUUGCCAGACUCUAGCUUUUGCCUGGCCCAACCCCAGACUUAGGGGUUAAAGUCAGUGCCAUUUUGAAAAGUUUGAGCCGCCAUCUUGUUUCAAGAUGGCGGCCAGUUGUAUCCAGGCAUAGAUGGAAAACUUCUCUUUGACCUCCCAAACCAAUCAUGCCUCACAUCUUCUGAGGUGUCCAAAUGCCCGGACAGCAAACAGUGUUUCAAAAUACAUAGCGCACGCACACACACACACACACAAAAUACACAACCACAACGAUCAGUGAGGGCAACAUCACUUGGUGUCAUUGAUUGUUCCCUCAUACCACUACAUUUACUCCUGGCAGGAAGUUAAAUAGGGGGUACUUUAGGGACGGGGUUCCCUCUGCUUCCUUCCUCGAGUUUAACCCCCAAGGGCUACUGAAUGUCACUGCACAGCCCUGUGCUAGGCUCCGUCUCUUGGUCACGUGCCGGCGUGACAGUGCUGCAAUUCUGUCCUUGGGGAAACUGAUUGCUCGAUAAAUACACAGAUUGCAAACGGGUGCUGAAAAGGUAUUGACAUAGUGAGGGUCCUGUGGAGAGGAUAUCCUUUGCAGGGGUGCCACCACCGAGAAGGCCCUUCCUUGCGAUGGUAGCUGGAGGAGGAGGAGAGGCUUCUGGAGAUGAACCCAGUGCAUGCCCAGCCCCCUUUUUACCUCCUUUGAUUCUACCGCUAUGGAAGGAAGAGAGGGCAAAUGUUGGCGCCCUUCUCAAUUCUUUCUCCUCUUUUCACCUUUCCCGGGCCAGUGGGAGCCUCAGCACCAGGGCCUGACUUGCGAUGAGUUCCUGGAGUGGAAGCGGACCAACGACCCUGAGUACCAGGCCCAGGGCUUGGCAGUCUACCUGCAGGAGAAUGGAAUUGGUAAGGGUUCCUGUUUACCGGAAGGUUGGCGGUUCAAGCCUACCCAGGUUCAAACCCACCCAGGGGCAAGCCCAAUCCUGUGGGCAGGAUUCCUUCAUUCUGAGGAAACCAAAGCACUAGGAAGCCCUAGAGUCUCCCACCGCUUGGAGAUCAGAGUGGCAUGUAUCAGUAGAUCAGAAUCAUAGAAUCGGAAGGGACUGUGUGGGUCAUCUAGCCCAACCCCUUGCGAUUCAGGAAUCCUUUGCCCAAUGUGGGACUCGAACCCACAACCCUGAGAUUAAGAGUUUUGGUUGCUGCGUCCUGGCAGGGGCAGAGCCUUUCGUUAUCCUAAUCCUCACAGAACUCUAGCCCAAUGGUUGCCAUGACUUUGAUUUUGAAUUGAUUUUACAAUGAAUUGAUUUUAGAAUGUUGUAUUACUUUUAUUGCUGUUAGCCGCUCUGAGCCCGGCUUUGGCUGGGGAGGGCGGGAUAUAAAUUAAAAAUUAUUAUUAUUAUUAUUAUUAUUAUUAUCACUACCCAAAAAGCCCACCGGCUGGCAGAAGGAGAGUGAAUAAAGUCUAGCUCUCGAUAAAAGAUUGGCCAACACCAUAAUUGUGGCGACCCUCAGCAGAAGCUACGAGAGCAGCAAAUCUCCUCCAUUUCUCUCUUCCUCCUAACCCUCCUUCUUCCCUCUCUCCCUCCUUCCAGCGUGUCCGAAAUGCAAGUUCUCCUAUGCUUUGGCCCGCGGAGGCUGCAUGCAUUUCCAGUGCUCCCAGUGCAGACAUCACUUCUGCAGCGGCUGCUACAGCGCUUUCUAUGCCAUGAACGUAAGGGAGCUGCGAAGGGCGCCUGUCGAGGGGUUGCCUGCUGGGGGGAAGGCGGUGGCUCACAGAAGGCCAGAUUCGGCUCACGGGCUUCUUGUUGCCGAUCCCCUGGACCCAAACGCUCGUCCUUGUUAGAGGACCAGGGCGAAGGAAACAUCUUGGGGUGUCUCACAAACUCGCUUUCUCUCGCCCUCCCGUCUCCAGCAGAAAUGCCCCAUCGCCGAGUGCCCUAUAAGGCGGUCCCUCCACGGCCACCACCCUCGCGACUGCCUCUUCUACCUCCGCGACUGGGACGUGCCUCGCUUGCAGCGCCUCUUACAGGUCGGUGUAAGAGCAAGGCAUGAUGGGUCGGGCGCAGGAGGGAAAAGCAGAGGGCGGGGGGAAUAUUUGUGGGUGGGGAAGGCCGCGCGAGGUGUCCCUUUGGAGUUCAUGCUUGACAUCUCCCCAUCCCAGGACAACAACAUCGUGUUCAACACAGAUCCUCCGGCCGGGACCCGCGCCACCCCUGGAGGUGAGUGCUAAAGGGCUCCUGCAUUGCAGGGGUUGGACUAGAUAGCCACCAGGGGUCCUUUCCAACUCUAUAGUUUCUCUGACCUAUAGGGAAGCCUGACUUGCCGAGAGCAUGUCUGUGUUCCCCGUCCUUACUUGCUGAUCGAUAGAUUUUUUGAUAACCUAAUUUGCUGGGGGGGUGUUGCAAAGGCUUGUGGGUAAUGUGACAUGUCAAGGAGGGAAGUGGUUUCCUGUGUGGCGGACGGCCUUUCCUUUCCUCUUUUAAGGGUCCGACUUUGUGUCACAAAGACGAGCUUAACCGUCAUGGCUUCCACGCUGAGGAUCCUGGGAUUUAUAGGAUUUUGUGUUUUUAGGGUGCUAAGAAUUCAUUGUUGGGGAUCCCAAACUCCUCAAAAGUUGUACGUACCACAUAAAUUAGAAACAUUUAAAAAAAUACUGAGCACUUUACAGUGGUGCCUCGCAAGACGAAAUUAAUCCCUUCCGCGAGAGUCUUCGUCUAGCGGUUUUUUCGUCUUGCGAAGCAAGCCCAUUGACGGAUUAGCGCUAUUAGCGCUAUUAGCGGUUUAGCGGCUAUUAAAGGCUUAAAGGCUUAGGGGAUUAGCUGCUAAAAGGCUAUUAAAGGCUAUUAAAGGCUUAGCAGAUUAGAUAAAGGGGGAAAGCGAAAAAAAUCUCAAGACUCGCAAGGUAUUUUCGUCUUGCGAAGCAAGCCCAUAGGGGAAUUCGUCCUGCGAAGCAACUUCAAAACGGAAAACCCUUUCGUCUAGCGGUUUUUCCGUCUUGCGAGGCAUUCGUCUUGCGGGGCACCACUGUAUAACGCUUCGAAAUAAAUAAAACAGUACUUACAUUGGGUAUAGCCCUACUUUUGGACGAGCGGCGAGGGCAGUUUUAUUUAAGCCGGGUUUUUCAGACCCUUUGUUUUUAUCUGGUAUGUCCCAUGGAGGACCUUACGGUCUUCAGAUAAAAACAUCUUGGAGAUCCCGGGCCACAGGGAGGUUAGGCUGGCCUCAACCAGAGCCAGGGCUUUUUCAGCUGUGGCCCCAAUCUGGUGAAACGCUCUGUCCCAAGAGACUAGGGCCCUGCAGGACUUGACAUCUUUCCGCAGGGCCUGCAAGACAGAGCUGUUCCACCAGGCCUUUGGCCAAGGCACAGUCUGACCCCCUCCUUCGGGAAUCCUCACAGAACUCUAGCCCAAUGGUUGCCAUUAAUUUGAUUUUGAAUUUAGAAUGCAUUUCAAUUAAUUGAUUUUAUGUAAACUGCAUUACUUUUAUUGUUGUUAGCCGCUCUGAGCCCGGCUUCGGCUGGGGAGGGAGGGAUAUAAAUAAAUUAUUAUUAUUAUUAUUAGUCUUCUCUUGGUGUGAGUUUUAAACUCCCGCUAUAUUUUGCUUCUUAGUUUGGAGUUCCUUUUUUUUGAACUCCUGAAUCUCAUUUUCUCCUGUAUCGCUUACACAUUGUUGUCGGUGUAAGCCGCCUUGGUUAUUUCUGCGAAAUGGCAGGGAUGGACAAACAAAUGCUAAACUUAAUACGGCGAUACCGUCUUCCCCCUCCUGGAAUUUCAGGCGGAUGUCGUGUGAUGGAGCAGAAGGAGACCAUGAACGGGCUGAAGGACGAGCCGUGCGGGAAGGAAACCCAAGCCGGCUACGCUGGCCUUUGCCAGUGAGUGACGCCAUUUCGUGAUGUGCUGUGGGAAACUGUAGGCUGGUUUCUGUAGUUGCACAUCCCUCUCUGGGAGUGUGUGGGGUGUUGGGGGGGUAGUCCCUCUGGUGGGGGGGACACAUGGUGCUCCUUCUGGGAUAUUUUGUCCACCUUUGGUCCUCACCCUGCUCUCGGCUCUCACCUGUGGCUCCUAGAAGCUGUCAGGAUGCCACAGCGGCCGCACCCCUGGAACGGCUUCGACUAGCCAGCUAAACCAGAUGUGGGGAGCCGGUGGGUCUCAAACCCUCAGGGAGUUAGGGGCUUCCCCUGCACGCAAAGACAGGCUCUGGGAGAUUGGGUCUAACAGUCAAGAUGGCCGUUUCUGCACAUAGAGCAGGCUUCCUCAGCCUCGGCCCUCCAGAUGUUUUUGGCCUACAACUCCCAUGAUCCCUAGCUAGCAGGACCAGUGGUCAGGGAUGAUGGGAAUUGCAGUCUCAAAACAUCUGGAGGGCCGAGGUUGAGGAAGCCUGAUGUAAAGUGAGGGGCAGAUGGGGCUCGUCCAUCUGGGAAGGGAGUUUAUCUAGGAGAAGGAAAGCUCUGAUCCUAAACCUCCACUGCCUUGGGGGAUAUCUUUGGGAGAAGAAAAGGUUCAAGAGUAAACGCAGCACAAAUUCAGAGUGGAGUCCCUAAGAUGGUUGGAUGAAGCCUUGUACGCCUCCUUCCAGCCACUCCUGCAGCCAAACGUCUUGCUCUGCUUUCCUUUGGUUCACAUCAGCCAGACCUCCAGACACACUGCCCAAGCUUGUGCCCAAAGGAGGUCACUUCGUUGCCGCUAACACAGCUUUUAAGUUGUUUUUAAGUUGCAUUUUAAUUACCGUAUUUUCACUCUAUAAGACUCACCAGACCACAAGAUAGUUUUUGGAGGAGGAAAACAAGAAAAAAAAUAUUCUGAAUCUCAGAAGCCAGAACAGCAAGAGGGAUCGCUGCACAGUGAAAGCAGCAAUCCCUCUUGCUGUUCUGGCUUCUGGGAUAGCUGCGCAGCCUGCAUUCGCUCCAUAAGACGCACACACAUUUCCCCUUACUUUUCAGGAGGGAAAAAGUGAGUCUUAUAGAGCAAAAAAUACGGUCAUUGUUUUUAUAUCUGGUGUUAGCCGCCCUGAGCCCGGUCUUGGCUGGCAAGGGUGGGGUAUAAAUAAAUUUAUUAUUAUUAUUUUGACUUCACCCCCAGAGGCACACUCCAUUGUCUCUUGAGACAGACGGAUGCCAACAACGUCCCUCUCUUAUCCUCCGUCUGGGCAAGUGAGAGGACUUGCCACAGGCCCACGGACAGAUUAAUUCACACUUUGGGCCCAAAGCUGACAUGGGGGAAGCUCUCGGGGCCAGAUAGAGAAGAUCGUAAGCAUUGACGUUCCCAGUUCCCGUGUUACGUGAUCGCCGAGAGACUUGGGGUGUGUGGACACGGAGGGGUGGUGUGGCAGAGAGAGAGGGGCCGAUUUAUUGUGCGGCGUUAAGGUGGCCGGAGCGCCGCAGUGAUUGACGUCCCCCUUCUCCUAGGGCACACUACAAGGAGUACCUGGUCAGCCUCAUCAACAGCCACUCCCUGGACCCAGCCGUCCUCUACACCUUGCAAGAAGUAGAGAAUGUCUGCCGGCGACACUCCCCUGCUGCGAUGCUGCCACCUCGGGCGCCGGCAGAGGAUGACGAAGCUUAUCGAGGGCGUUUGGUCAAGGUGAAAGGAAAUUAUCUGAGGCUGGGAGGGGUGGGGAUCCCUGGAGUUUGUGCUGGAAAAGCUUGAGAAUUCCUUUCUUGUGGUAACUGACUCAUUUUUAUUACAGUGGUACCUCAGGUUAAGUACUUAAUUCGUUCUGGAGGUCUGUUCUUAACCUGAAACUGUUCUUAACCUGAAGCACCACUUUAGCUAAUGGGGCCUCCUGCUGCCGCCGCGCCGCCAGAGCAUGAUUUCUGUUCUCAUCCUGAAGCAAAGUUCUUAACCUGAAGAACUAUUUCUGGGUUAGCGGAGUGUGUAACUUGAAGCGUAUGUAACCUGAAGCGUAUGUAACCUGAAGCGUAUGUAACCCGAGGUACCACUGUAUUUGUAAAAUUAUAUCCCACUUGAUUAUCAGAAUUAUAGGGUUCGAAGGGACAUCCAGGUUAUUCUAGGCCAACCCCUUGCAGUGCAGGAAUGUCUACUACAGUGGUACCUCGGGUUACAUACGCUUCAGGUCACAGACUCCGCUAACCCAGAAAUAGUACCUCGGGUUAAGAACUUUGCUUCAGGAUGAGAACAGAAAUCGUGCAGUGGCGGUGGCAGCAGGAGGCCCUAUUAGCUAAAGUGGUGCUUCAGGUUAAGAACAGUUUCAGGUUAAGAACAGACCUCCAAAAUGAAUUAAGUUCUUAACCAGAGGUACCACUGUAGAUCAUCCAUGGCAGAUGGCCAUCCGACCUCUGCUUAAAAACAUCUGAAGGCAGCCCUGUUUAGGGAAGCUUUUAACGUUUGAUGUUUUAUCGUGUUUUUAAUAUUCUGUUGGGAGCCGCCCAGAGUGGCUGGGGAAACCUAACCAGAUGGGUGGGGUAUAGAGAAUAAAUGAAAAUAAUAAUUGUUAUGGUUUUAUUAAUUGUUAUCAUUACCGUAUUUUUCGCUCUAUAGGACGCACCGGACCGUAGGAGGGGGAGAACAGGGGGGAAAAAAUUCUUGUUCUCCUCCUCUAAAACAAGGUGCGUUCAAGAGCAGGUCGGGGAACAGAGCAAAGGCUGCGCGCAGCCUUGCCGCUGCCACCCGAGCUAGUGGGGCUGGCGGUAGGGGGGAGCGCUGAUUUCCCCCACUGCCAGCCUCAAAGAACCCUGAAGUCUUUGGAGCGCAGCUGCACUCCAAAGGCUUGAGGCUUCAGGGACAUCCUUUGUAGCCUCCGCAGGGCAAUGGGGUGCCUUCAUCCCGCUGCCCUGCGGAGGCUUUGCGCAGCCAUCCCGAAGCUAGAACAGCUUCAGGCUGCCGGCUGCUAUCCGCAAGCCUUGGGAGCCCGGCGGGAACUCCCGCCAGGCUCCCAAAGCUUGUGGAUAGCUGCCUGAAGCCCGGGAAGAGAGAGGGGUGCGCACUGACCCCUCUCGCUCUCCAGGCUUCAGCGAAAGCCUGCAUUCGCUCCAUAGGAUGCACACACAUUUCCCCUUCAUUUUUGGAGGGGGAAAAGUGUGUCCUAUAGAGCGAAAAAUACGGUAAUUGAAAACCUCCAAGGAAGGAGAGACCACCACAUCCCAAGGGAGACUGUUCCAGCUCAGUUGGUAGACACUUAAUCUCAGGGAUAUAAAAAGAAAACAAACCUCAGUGCCAUUUAGAAAAAGAAUAAAACUAUCAGCAAAAAUAAUUAUGAGCCAACUAUUUAAGAUAUUCCAAAAAAUAAAAAAUAAAUAAGAUCCACGACAAGGUAAAAGCAGAUUAAAACACGCUUAAGCAUUCUACAUGUCUAGGUAAAAGUUAAAGAGACCCCUGAACAUUAGGUCCACUCAUGGCCGACUCUGGGGUUGCAGCGCUCAUCUCGCUUUAUUGGCCGAGGGAGCCGGUGUACACCUUCCGGGUCAUGUGGCCAGCAUGACUAAGCCGCUUCUGGCGAACCAGAGCAACACACGGAAACGCCGUUUACCUUGCCGCCGGAGCGGUACCUAUUUAUCUACUUGCAUUUUGACGUGCUUUUGAACUGCUAGGUUGGCAGGAGCAGGGACUGAGCAAUGGGAGCUCACCCCGUCGCGAGGAUUCGAACCGCCGACCUUCUGAUCGGCAAGUCCUAGGCUCUGUGGUUUAACCCACCGCGCCACCCACGUCCCUACGUGUCUAGGUAGGCUAGUCUAAAUGAAAAGGUUUUUAGCAGGCGCUGAGAAAGUGACGCAGUGAUGGCAUCUACGUGAUGUCAUAGACUUAUAGAAAUGUAGGGCUGGCCAACAAGACAACAACAAGAACCUACCAACAGCAUUCAAAUCAGUCUGUCUAACCUGAUCCAAUAACACACACACACACACACCACUCGCACAUGAGAACAAAUUUCAGUACAGCCAAACAAAGACAGCCAACCACACCCUUGGCCAAUUCCAACCUCUCUCAGCACCAAAGGAAAACAAGCAAAUAGUAGAGAGAACCCACACAAGUGAUGCUGACGCAAAACUACACUAAGUAGAAUAGAAGCAUUGCCAUCCCACAAUUCCCCCUCCACCUCAUUCCCCCUUCUCUUCCUAACGUAACACUAAUGUCUCAACAAACGAAACUGAUCUGUAGAAAAUGUAACUUGAAAAAAGAGACAUUGCACAUACUUUUGUAAACCAAGAAAUCUUUCAUAAAAAUAUAUUAGAAUUACCUCCCCCAAAUAAAAAGUUGGAAAGGGACCUAGGGGUCAUCUAGUCCAACCCACUGCAGCGCAGAAAUAUCAACAGGCAGGGAGUUCCAGCUGCCACACAUGAAAUCAAUUUCUUACAAAUGAGGUAUUGUGCGGCAGUUGCCGGUUCUGCAGAUCGAAGCAGUCGAGGGGGAAUAUUGGGGUUUCGGCAAUCUCAGAGGGGAACUGGUCCCAAUCGACUUUAGAUACUAAUCGUUAUGCCAUGAACUCGAACCCGGUACAUCUAAAGCGCCAAAGGCCAGGGCAAAGAGCUUGGGCGCCAGCAUAGGGUGAGACCUGCGUCGCCAAGGUUCCUGACCCACCCACAACUUAGGGGCUCCUUUACCUUUUUUUUGUAUAAUAAUUUUUAUUAAGUUUUCCAUUUAACAAUCCAAUCAUAUCACAUUAAUUAUUCCAAAUUAUAACAAUACAUAUCAUAAAGUCCAAAUAUUUUGCCAAAUUAUAAAUUUUUGUUGAGGGUUCCCAUGCUUUGAGUUCAGUAGGGUCCAAUCAUCUCAUAUUUCUGCUGCUUUUAGUGUUCACCAGUCCCAUCUUUCAAUCUUCUUGUUGUUAUCCUUUUUCUUCUUAAUAGCCUCUGAGUUGUUUCCACAGGCGAGUUAAAGUAAACACUAUUAUGCUUCUGUGUGAACUUUGUAUGGCUCUCCCUUUUUUUAAAGCUGGUAAGUCUUUUGUUUGCAAUAAAUCUUCACACACUGAUCCAAAAGUCCUCCUCGGGUGGCAGACGCCAUGUUUCUCAGUUCCGAUGAAAUAAAAUCUAAGCGUUUGCUCAUUAAUUUUCCCAGACAAGUUGCACCAUAAAUUAGCCUUUCCAGGGAAGAAUUGCCAAGUCAAACUUAGGGGCUCCUUUACCUAACCUAACCUCCCUUUUGUUUCCAACCUGCUACAGAUUCUGAUGGACCAGGAACCUCUGGGGCCCCAAAUCCCACGCCGAAGGAAGUAGGCGGCCUACUGAGCGGAAUCGGGAGGCGUGUGGCUGCAGUCUGGCUCCCUUUUGGGGAGAGUUUGUCUGGGAAAAGCUGACCGGAAGCAGGCCUUGCGUCUACAGGAAAAGCCUCCUCGCUGGGCAGGAGGAGCAAUGUUAAUAUUUCUUAAAAGUCUUUUUAUUUGGAGUUUCCGAGGUGCCUUGCUCAACGCUGUCUUCCUACUGCUCAGGGAUGGGACCGGCUGCGUCUCAUUGUGGUCCGAGACCCGACCCCCUUCCCAUUCUUUCCUUCUCUCCCCCAUCGCGACUCCGAAUAAACCGUUCUGUGUUUUAAAAGAACAACCACAGUGUGACGCUUCUUUUUGUUUGCCGAUCUGGGCACUGCCCUCCUCAGUUCCAUCCUUCAUGCUUUCCCAGUUCCCGUGGUUUAUGCAUUUACUAUUCCUUUAGAGCAGGCACAUCCAACUCUCAGAAGACAGCAAUCUACUCACAGUAUUCAAAUCCUGGCUGUGAUCUACCCAUUGUCCUUGCCAGGGAAACUUGCUGAGCUGUUUUGGGGGGAGGCAAAGUUGUUGAGCUGAUUUUCUUGCUUAAUAAAGUUUAUUAAAACAAUGAUCUUAAAAUACACACAAAACAAACAUACAGUACAAGCGUUCCAUAAGAAAAAAGAACUUAAUUACAUACAGAAUAAAAAAUAGUAAAAGAAAAGAAACUCUCGACUAAACCCAUUGUACUAUUUUGCAUUCAUUUUUUUUAUAUAUACAUUUUCUUAUUAAUAUUUUUCUAUAUCUUAGUUUAAACUUUUUCUAACACUUCCCUUUUUUUUAGGGGAACCAAAGUUGUUGAGGUUUUCUUUUUUCGUUUUUUGGGACGACUGCUCAGGGUCGCCCCGCAAGCGACUGGUAGAUCGCAAUCGACCUGUUGGACAUGCCUGCCUUAUAGCAUUCAUAUGUCGCCCUUCGGCCCAAACAAGGCCCCCAGAGCAUAGCUGUUAAUGUUUCCCUUUGAAGUACUGUUUUGGGGGGACAGGAGGCGGGCGGGUGUGGAGGACUCCCUGGUCCUGAAUGGGGUAACUGUGCCCCCGAAGGACCAGGUGCGCAACCUGGGAGUCAUUUUGGACUCACCGCUGUCCAUGGAGGUGCAGGUCAAUUCUGUGUCCAGGGCAGCUGUCUACCAGCUCCACCUGGUACGCAGGAUGAGACCUUCCCUGCCUGCGGACUCUCUCACCAGAGUGGUGCAUGCUCUAGUUAUCUCUCGCUUGGACUACUGCAAUGCGUUCUACUUGGGGCUACCUUUGAAGGUGACCCGGAAACUGAAAUUAAUCUAGAAUGUGGCAGCUAGACUGGCGACUGGGAGUGGCCUCCGGGACCACAUAACACUGAUCCUGAGAGAUCUGCAUUGGCUCCCAGUACGUUUCCGAGCACGAUUCAAAGUGUUGGUGCUGACCUUUAAAGCCCUAAACGGCCUCGGUCCUGUAUACCUGAAGGAGCGUCUCCACCCCCAUCGCUCAGCCCAGACACUGAGGUCCAGCCCUGAGGGCCUUCUGGCGGUUCCCUCAUUGCGAGAAGUGAGGUUACAGGGAACCAGGCAGAGGGCCUUCUUGGUGGUGGCACCCACCCUGUGGAAUGCCCUCCCUUCAGAUGUGAAGGAAAUAAGCAGCUAUCCUAUCUUUAAAAGACAUCUGAAGGCAGCCCUUUUCAGGGAAGUUUUUAAUAUUUAACGCUGUACUGUUUUCAAGACUUGAUUGGGAGCCGCCCAGAGUGGCUGGGGAAACUCAGCCAGAUGGGCGGGGUAUAAAUAAUAAAUUGUUGUUGUUGUUGUUAUCCACCGCCAUGCAUUUAAAACAGAUCUCUCCCCGGUGCUGAGGAUCCUAACUGGGUGGGGUGAACUAUAGUUCCCGCACAAUUUAUUCACUUUUCUGGAACAGGGGGAGGCACUUGCUGUAAGGGUGCUUUUAAAAUUUGGGGGAGUGCAUGUUCCCUCUCUCGUGGAUCUCUCCGUCUCUCGAUAAAUAGAGAUCUCUCCCAGAGAUCAUGAAACUAUAUCUGCUUUUCCCCUGUUUAUUUUGGCGGCGGCGGAGCCUGAAACCGGCGCGCCCUCCUCUCUGCUGCCCCCUAGAGGCCGGAGAGGCGGCGGCGGCGGCCACGUGAUUUACGGGAAAAGAAGCGGAGCCGGGAGAAAUGGGCGAGGGAGGGCGGGGCAGAAGGAAAGGGGGCGUGGCGAAGCCCAGAGUGGGCGUGGCGAAGCCCAGCUCAGCUGGAAGGGAAAAGCGCUACUCGGUGUGUUUUGCGAAAAGGACUUCGCUGCAGGAGGGAGACUUGGAGAUCAGAGGUGGGACAUAUAUAUAUCACCUUAUAUAUAUAAAAAAAUAAUAUUUUCCUCUCCUUUAUCAUUCAGCUUUCCUGCCUUAAUUUUCUCCUGCCGCCUCCCCGAGCGCGUUUACUCGGAAGUAAGCCCGCGUUGAGUCCAGCGGGGCUUUACUCCCGUGCAAAAGUGCUGGCGGAGGAUCGCAGCCUUCCUCGCUACUCCGCUGCUGCAGAUAAGAGUCUUUGCAGCACCUAAAAGUGCUUUAUAUAAUAACCAUGAUUCUUGCUAUUAUUGUUACUGAUCGUGCCGUAAUCCGGGCGUUGGAGCCGAUUUGAUUUGAUUUGAUUAUUUGUCUUACUUUCAAGGAGGCCCAUUGCAAUCGACGGGGCUUAACGGGAGCCAUCGCCAACUUUUAAAUUCCGUGGGAGGCGAGGUCUGGAUUGCCUUUGCAGUACUGAGCAAUCCUGCGCGCCGCUGUUAAUUGUGUUCAGCGAAGCUUUCUGGGCAAGGGAAGGCGCUCAGUCCUUAUGGUGUUGCAAGAAUCUCUUUGUUUUCAAAACUAUUGUUUUUAUUAACAAAACUAACCAAGGAAGAACAAGGAAAAAGAGGGGGGGGGGAAUGAAGGGAUAAUAGAGAAGGACACCCUCUGCUGUCAGCCCAGUCUCUUAAUCUCAGGGUGCAGAGUUCGAAUCCUACUUUGGGCAAAAUAUUCCUGCACUGCCAGGGGUUGGACUAGAUGACCCCCUGGGUUCCCUUCCAACUCUAUGGUUCUGUGAAAAGGCAAUAAAUAGCCAGCGAGCCAUCUGUCUUAAUUUAAACAUGUUGUCGCACGCCACCCCAAUCUCUGCGUGGUGCAAGAGUCCGGGGGUUCCAGGUACACACACAUAUAUAUAUACAACCUGAGCCUACGAUGGAGGGGUUCACAGCCCUGGCAGUUCCCAGAGGAUCUUGCUUCCACAGCCUUGGAUCCCAGCAGAGAUCAGGCAUUGAUGGCUCACUCACUCUCAGCUGGCCAGCUGCCUUCUGGCACAGCUCUGGCUUUUACCUUUCUAAGUAACAGACAGUUGAGAGAGGGGGACCAAUCCAUUCGCACAGAGCCACUUCCUUUGUUCCCUUAAGGCGCCAUACUUAGCAGGCCCUUACCAAGAAACUUCCCCCUGCCCCCCCGGCUUUUCCAGCCAUUGAAUCCUUGCCUGAUCCAGGAAUUAGGGGGGACUCAGGCUAACCCCCCCCAAAACCCCUCGCAACAAUAAAAUUCAAUUUAUGCCAUCCAGAUGUUCAGACGGCUACCCGCACAAAAUGGCCGUUUAGAAGAAAUUUGUAACGAUGCACGACUUCAGACCGUUGCGCAAGAAGGUGAUGCAUGUUGGAAGAUUCUUUGAUGUCCUCGCUUUAAGACGGUUUCCCUUUUCUUUUCCACAUUUGCACCCCACCUCUCCUGCUAGAAGCUGAAGGUGGUUCACGUGGUCCUCCUCUCCCUCCCUUUUGCUCUUACAACGCCCCUGCGAGGUAGUUUAGGCUGAGAGGUGGCGACUGACUCCACUGACCUCCAUGUCUGAGGGAGGAUUUGAACUUUGGUCUCCCAGGCCUUAGUCCGACGCUCGAACCAUUGCACCACCCUGCCUUAGUUUCCUGUUUGCAUCUCUCUCAUGCUGACUCCUUCCUUCUCUAUUUCCUUUUUAAUGCGCGCAACUUGUUUCUUUCCUGCAAUAUUAAUAUGCUUUAGUCUUUUAUUUUCCUUGGCUGUUUUGUCCAUCCUCUGGGGGUUUCAUUCCUAUGUCUCUCGUUCUCUCCGGCUACAGAAAACAAAUUUAAAAAAACCGCACCAUUAAACAGGCCUAAAGUGGUGCGAGAUUAUUAUUAAAUGGUGUGUGCGUUCGUGUACACCUGGGGGACGGGGUGGUGGUGGUGUAAUCACAGAUCCCAAAGGAUCUGGUGUUGUCCACAUUAUCUGAGCAAACUUUUGUAGAUUUGCAGACUGGUCCGACGCUGGUCUAGGGACGUGGGUGGUGCUGUGGGUUAAACCACAGAGCCUAGGACUUGCCGAUCAGAAGGUCGGCAGUUCAAAUACACGCGACAGGGUGAGCUCCUGUUGCUCAGUCCCUGAUCCUGCCAACCUAGCAGUUCGAAAGCACGUUGAAGUGCAAGUAGAUAAAUAGGUACCGCUCCGGCGGCAAGGUAAACGGUGUUUCCGUGCGCUGCUCUGGUUUGCCAGAAGCAGCUUAGUCAUGCUGGCCACAUGACCCAGAAGCUGUACGCCGGCUCCCUCGGCCAGUAAAGCGAGAUGAGCGCCGCAACCCCAGAGUCGGCCACGACUGGGCCUAAUGGUCAGGGGUCCCUUUACCUUUACCUACGCUGGUCUACUCUGAAGCAAGCCCCUUUGAAGACGAAUCGGGGAGCUGCUUCGAUUGCCUAGGGAAUCUCUAAUUUUAGGGAGGCGAAAGAUCCAAAAGCAUCUAGGGGACUGCAGUUUGAGGAGCGCAGGGUUGUAGAUUUAGGCAGAAACACGAGCUCCCAAAAUAUGCAUAGGGAUUAGGCCUGGGCUGUUGCUGUGCUGUUGCUGUGAGUGACAGUAGCACUAUUUAUACCUCUCUCUGACACUAGGAAAACACAAUGUUGUUAUGCCUAUUUACAAAUGGACAGGUUGAGCCUAGAUGGGACGCACACAGUUUAAACGUUCCCAGAUGCUCAUCCUUCUGGCAUCCAGGGACAAAGCGAAAAGGUUGCAGUUCAGAGGUACAGUGGUACCUCAGGUUAAGUACUUAAUUCGUUCCGGAAGUACGUUCUUAACCUGAAACUGUUCUUAACCUGAAGCACCACUUUAGCUAAUGGGGCCUCCUGCUGUUGCCGUGCCGCCGGAGCACGAUUUCUGUUCUCAUCCUGAAGCAAAGUUCUUAACCUGAAGCACUAUUUCUGGGUUAGCGGAGUCUGUAACCUGAAGCGUAUGUAACCUGAGGGUACCACUGUGGUAGCACCUGCCUUGCAUGCAGAAGAAGGUCCUGGGUUCGAGAAACGCCCUGCCUGAAGUCCUGUAGAGACGUUUCUGCCAGUCAGUGUAGGGUGUAGGCAGAAAUUCUGAGCCAGGUAGACAACCGAUCUGACCCAGUAUAGGGCAGCUUCCUAAAUUUCGAUGUUUACAAAGCCCCUCUCUCAGUCUGCCUCAAGCCGCCGUCGCAAUUCACCCUCCCAGCCGCCCGGAUCACAUCAUCCUUUAGCUUGGGGCGUUGGCGGUGAGUUUCGUCAAUUUCCCAGCCUCCUAGGAGGCCAGCUAUCGACAGCAACCAGUCAGCCUCCCUUAGGACGGUAGCAAACUGGGCGAGUGUGCCAGAAUUAUUAUUAAGGCGGUUGCCAGGAUCCAUUUACUUUCCCCUUUCUGCUAUCGUCCCGCCUUGCUGCAAUAUUUCAUUCUGCAAUUUGACGUUGUUAAUGUAAUAACGAAAAGGUUUGUUUCCCACCCGACGGACACGCUUUCUUUUCCAGAAAGCCACACACGAUAAGACGAUAAUUGCAAAUAGUUGGGCAGUGUAAGGGAAGCUGUUUUGGAGUGCGUGUGCCUCUUAAGUCUUUCUGAGAUGUUUUCCAACUUAUGGAGGACUGCAGGAAAGCAGUCUUGUUCAGAGUGAGGCCCUUGGGUUCUAGCCCAACCCGCGGCAAGGCCCCAUCAGCCCCAGCGAGCGUGGCCAACGGCACAAGGAUCAUGGGAGUUGUAGUACAGCAAAAUCCAGAGCAGCCUUUCUCAACCUGGGGGUCCCAGAUGUUGUUGAACUACAACUCCCAUCACCUCUAGCGAGCAAGGCCAGAGCUCAGGGAUGAUGGGAGUUGUAGUCUAACAACAUCUGGUUGGACUACAACUCCCAUCUACAACUCCCAUCCCCUCUAGCUAGCAAGGCCAGAGCUCAGGGAUGAUGGGAGUUGUAUUCCAACCCACAGGCUGAGAACCGAGGGUCAAAGGCCACAUCUGAGAUGUUCCUUCGCUGCCCAGAUCUUCAGCUAUGGAACUGACCCUUCGCCAUUUUUUCCUUUCUCUCUUCUGCUUUUACAGAUGCCCUUUUCCCCCCAAACAGGCAUCUCCUCUUCAAAAGCUCACAGAAGCCUUUUUAAAUUUUAUUUUGAACGAUCGGACUUCCUUGUAGCAGAAGUUUGCACCCGCUGGUUUUUGUCCCACCCACCCCAUUCAAAAUGACACAAAACAGUACGAGCAAAAACCAAGGGUGUCAGUCAAUGGGCACAAAAGCGGUUUCGCUAUUACAAGUGUAGCCAAGCAACCGGAAAGAGUCGUCGGCUGCAGGGGGCCGUGGCUCUUACAGAGUUAAUGCACGAAGUAAAUACGAAACAAUAGGCCUCGAAAGUGUCUUUGUGGGUUUUGCCACAUAUCGCAUUACAGUGUUGCGUGGGUUUGUCAGCCACGACCAAGUGCCAAUUGUUUUGUAUGAGCCUCGAUUCUUGCGCUCCGUUCCCAGAGCUCUUCGCAGAUCUACAAUUCCCGGCGCCCUCAGCAAACUACAGUUCCCAUGAUUCUCUUUUUUGGGUGUGGGAUCCUUUGUGUGGCGUGUACACAGCCUGCAUCCCCCCAAAUUACUUUUGACAAGAGCCGGCUUUAUUUUAUUUUUUUCCAAAAAUUUUAUUGGUUUUCACAAUAUUAUAAACAAACAAACACACAAGACAAACAAACAUAAAUCAUAGCCUUAUUGAAAAUUACACUUAUUAACUUUGUUAAAUGACUUCCUCGCUUCCCCUUGGUUGAAUUUCAUUGCAUGUCCUUUUAAUGGUUUUCCAAAUCCCAAUUCUUAUGAAAUUUAACUUAAACAUUAACAUCCUUAAAUCUUCACCUUAUGGAAUUAAACAUAUUAAUUCAUCACUUAACAUAAAUAAAAUCCUAAGCCAAUUAAGUAUCUGCAAGCUAUUUUCAGUUAAUUCAACUAAAUAAUCAUUAAAUUUAUUCCACUCUUCCUGAUACUCCUGCUCAUCUUGCUGGGACAAGGUACCUUCUUCCAUAGAGGCCAUUUUCCGAAUUUCAAAAUGGUGCCAUUAAGAGCGGCAGGUUAAAGUAGGUGGGUGGGACUUGUGAUAUCAGGCAGUUGGCAGGCGACUGCCCCACCCACUAGCCAAAGCCAGGUACGCAGUGGUGGGACCCAAUAAGGAUUCCAAAAGAUCCCCCAACCCAGGCUUCCUCAGCCUCGGCCCGCCAGAUGUUUUGAGACUACAAUUCCCAUCAUCCCUGACCACUGGUCCUGCUAGCUGGGGAUCGUGGGAGUUGUAGGCCAAAAACAUCUGGAGGGCCAAGGUUGAGGAAGCCCGUCCCAACCCAUGGGUAGGCAAACUAAGGCCCAGGGGCCGGAUCCAGUCCAUUCGCCUUCUAAAUCCGGCCCACGGACGGUUCGGGAAUCAGCGUGUUUUUACAUGAGUAGAAUGUGUGCUUUUAUUUAAAAUGCGUCUCUGGGUUAUUUGUGGGGCAUAGGAAUUCGUUCAUUUUUUUCCUUCAAAAUAUAGUCUGGCCCCCCACAAGGUCUGAGGGACAGUGGAUCGGCCCCCUGCUGAAAACGUUUGCUGCCCCCUGCCCCAACCCUUUAAUUUUUUCCAAACGAAGUAUCAUAAUUAGACUCUCUCCUCACACCUUCCAGACGAUCCCUCCUCCCCACCUGUGGCUGAUCUCUGUAUUCCGUCUCUCCCCCCUCCGUCAAGGAUGGCGACGUCUCGGCGCGGGGUUCGAAGGACGCGCAAGCUGCGCCAGUGGACCGUGGAGCAGGUGGAAAGCGGUCAGUUGCCGGGGGUGGUCUGGGACGACCCUCCCCACAAGACCAUGUUCCGCAUCCCGUGGAAACACGCGGGGAAGCAGGAAUUCCGGCACGAGGAGGACGCCGGCUUUUUCAAGGUACUGUACCUGCGUUUCGGCGGGUUGAGCUGGAUGACCUUUGGGGGUCCCUCCCCAUCCUGCAGCUCUGUGAUUCUGGCACCCAUGGGAACGGGGUGGCAUUAGUGGGGAAGGCAGAGACUUGCCGGCAGUGUGAAGAUCGUUCAGAAGUGUAUGCGGCGUUCUGCCUCCCCUUCUUCCUGGUUUAUUUGUCGAUCUAUUUAUUGAUUUUGUGCAUAGCUGUCAACUGUCCCUUAUUUGACGGGAAAGUCCCUUAUCCCAGCGCCGUGUCCCGCUGCUGUCCCUUAUUGAUGAUGUCCCUUAAAUUUCCCGGGUUUCAAAGGAAGCAGCUCCUCUCCCUCCCUCCCUGCCGGCCAGGGAGGAGGGAGGCUCCAACUGUGUUGCUUGGCUGCGUUGCUCAGCCAAUAAGGAGUCUAAGAACGACUGGGGGGUGGAGCUUGCAUGCCUUGCGCCGAUCAAAUCGGCCGCGUUGCCUGGGGACUCGCCUUUGCUCAGCGCUUCCCAGCGGAGAGGUGACGGUGGUUUUCCUUGCUGCAUCCCCUUUGCCGGGUUGCUGCGCUGUGGGAACCACCGCUUGAGGCUUCGUUUGGCUGCUGGCUGGGCUUUCUGCCUUUGGCUUGGAGGGGCUCAGAAGUUGAACAUACCUGUGCCCGCAAAAUCCCUUAUUUUGGCUGCUGAUCCCUUAUUUUUGAGGCUGCUGGUCCCUUAUUUUCAAAUCUGUAAGUUGACAGCUAUGGCCAAAGCGCUGCAAAAUAUCACGCUUCUGAGUCGCGGUUCUCACUGAGGUUGCAAACCUAUGUCCGGCCUGCGCUGUUUUGGACUGCGAUGGGGCGUGCUUCCAUCAUGGUGGUUGGGUUGGGUGGGAAUCCCCGCAGGUAGAAAAGUAGUAUCUCAGGGAGAAGUGUGGGCUGCAGAGGAGCGUUGUGGUUGAGAUGCAGUUGCAAGGAGGCUUGACCCUGCACCGCUUUCUCUUUCCUAGGCCUGGGCCAUCUUUAAAGGAAAGUACAGGCCGGGCGAGCCCCUUGACCCUGCCACGUGGAAGACGCGCAUCCGCUGCGCUUUCUCCAAGAGUCCUGAGUUCGAGGAGGUGCCGGAACGCUCCAAGCUGGGGACCACAGAGCCCUACAAGGUGUACCGCCUGGUGCCGCUGCCUGAGCAGGGCCUUGGUAAGGACAUUGGCCUCCAUUUCCCCCACGUCCUUGAAGUUUCUAUACAUCCUGCGCCCCCAAAAACUGUGUUUCCCUGUGGGGUAAUGUGAGGGGGCGCCCCAUAUAAGCCCACCUUUUCUCAGAGGAAGGAAAUUCAUAUGCCAUCUAAAGUGGGGGUCCCUCCUCCCCACCGGAGAGGUUUAACAACCGAACCCUCUUCCCAGGGAACGAUGGGAGUUUUAGCGCUCUGAGGGGAAUGGGGGUCCCCUAAGAAUUCUCAGCACCUUUAUUGAACUACAGUUCCCAGCGGGGUGGAUUAACUUAUUAAACCUCACAAUAAUUUCAGAAUUAUCUGUCUGUGUAUUUCCAAUAGUAUAACCAGAUCAGUGAUUUUGGAUGUAACUGUAAAAACUACUCUGAAAAUUUAUUAUUCCAAAAAUGAAACAUUCAUCUGGUUGUAAAUAUUAAGAUGAUAACGGCAAGAAUGAGUCUUUCUGUAAAAAGAUAAAGACUUAAGUCAAGUCUUACUGACUAGUGAUUUAAAUCGAUUUCAAGGGACCCAGCCCAAACCAAGAAAGCCAAAAGCGCCCAGGCCGGAAUCUUCCAACGGGUCCUCGGAGAAGGAGAAUGGCGAUCCUGAUAGCAGCCUCCCUCAGCCUCCAGCCGCCGUCUGCAGCUUGAAGAUGGUGAGUGCCAGAGGAGCGAAAGGAUGAGAUGCAAUAGGAACACUGGCAUCUGGAGAUGCCGCCAGGAUUCGAACGCGGAACAUGCCGCAUGCAGAGUAGAGGCUCUGUGCUCCAAACUGCAGACCUUCCCCCCAAAAAGUGGUUCGCAGUGGUUACAAGCGGAAGGGAACAAAACGGCACAAACACAAUAAAAUAUUGCAUAUCAAAAUCAAUUUUUUAAAAAACCACAUUGCAGAAAUUCUGUCAUUUAGAAUAAUGCAGUCAAUGAGAAUAUCAAAGUAAGCCUAGGCAAAUGAAGGAAUUUCCAUUCGAAGUUUAAAACCUCCCAAAUCUGUUUCUGGAGGGUUUUGAUGGGGGAUUAGUGGCACAACCCCCCAAAAAAAAAUUGCCUCCCAGAGGUUUGUACCCCUCAGACUUCCAGCAGGGUCUCCUCUGAUCAAUUUCCCCCCUCCGCCAUUUCCACUGAAGCAAAAUCUCAUUAUUUUUAUUUUUAACUUCCUGGCUGCUAUCCCACUCUCCCCCAUUCGCAGUCUUCACACACACCCUUUAAUUCCCCUAUUCUCUUAGGUGAGCCUUUGCCAACUUGCAAUUCCCAUAAUCCCCGGCCAGCACUUUGAGCGCAAGAUCAUAGAAUUAUAGAGUGGGAUGGGGACCCACGAGGGUCAUCCAGCCCAACCCCAGCCACGCAGGAAUCAUUUGCACGACGUGGGGCUCAAACCCAUGACCCUGAGAUCAAAAAAGCCCUGUGCUCUACUGAUGGAGCUAUCCCAGGAGAUAUGAAAAGAUUAGAUGUGAGGGGAACGUAGGAAGCAGGCCUUUAUAAUAUGUAUUGGCAAUAUUUCAGAAGAGAGGAGCUGGAAACUGCUGCGUCGAUAUAGGGAUAGAUGGAGGAUAUAUAUAUAUAUAUGCGCAGAGGCGGCUAGAUUAUAGACCCCCUGGCGUUCUGCACCCCCCUGCUUGAAGCAAAUUGUGGUGUUAGUGGGGUGCUAGGGUCUGUAUUAAAAAGGACAGGGGAACAAUACAGUGGUACCUUGGUUCUCAAACAACUUGGAACCCAAGCACUGCAAACUCGGAAGUAAGUGUUCCAGUUUGCGAACUUUUUCGGAAGCCGAACGUGCUCCGUUUUGAGCGUUACACUGAGGUCUGUCUGUUUUUGCUAUUUCUUUUGCCUUUUUGUUUUUGCGGCUCUUUUUGUUCUCUUUUUGUGACUGUGUGGAACCCAGUUCAGAUACUGACUGACUGAUUGUGUGACUGCAGUACAGUGGUACCUCGGGUUACAUACGCUUCAGGUUACAGACGCUUCAGGUUACAGACUCCUCUAACUCAGAAAUAGUACCUUAGGUUAAGAACGUUGCUUCAGGAUGAGAACAGAAAUCGUGCAGCGGCAGCGGGAGGCCCCAUUAGCUAAAGUGGUGCUUCAGGUUAAGAACAGUUUCAGGUUAAGAACAGACCUCCGGAACGAAUUAAGUACUUAACCCGAGGUACCACUGUACAUUGAUUAUUACUUUCAUUUUAUGGAUCAAUGGUCUUAUUUGAAAGUGAAAUUCAUGUUAAAUUGCUGUUUUACGGGCUGUUUUCCAAGGUCUGGAACGAAUUGAUCCACUUUGCAUUACUUUCUACGGGAAAGCGCGCCUUGGUUUUGGAAUGCUUUGGUUUUGGAACGGACUUCCGGAACGGAUUAAGUUUGAGAACCAAGUUACUACUGUAUACCACAGUGCGACGUGCGUGGCGCCUUUGUAUGAACACACCCUAAUAUCUCUUCUUCCCCUCCAGGAAUCCGGCUCCAUCGCUAGCCAGGCCCCAAACGCAUUUGCAGCUUUGGUCAUCCCAAAGGGGGAGAUGAAACCUGAGUCCAUGGAGUCAGGUGGGGCAAUUCGCAUUUCCCUUUAUUUUGUGGCUCUGAUCGCGGCGCAAGGAGAUCCCCAUUUCUCUCCCUGUUCACCCACACAGGGGCACACACCCCUUGUUUCCCACCCGCCCCCCGCCAGGAAGUGAUCCGUUCUUAACAAAACCUCACAGAACAGGAGAUCUCUUCCGACCUGCUUCCUGGAAAAUAAGUGUUUGCUCGAACCGAGAGAAGACGUUCGGCCUCUUGCGCCAUGGAAAGAAAACAGUGUGCCGAAAUGUUUGAUGCCCCAAAGAAGCCUGCAUUUAAUGCAGUGCUUGUACCACUUUAAACAGCUUCCCCCGGGGGAUUCUGGGAGCUGUAGUUUGUUCAGGGUGCUCACAGAGCUACAGUUCCCAGAGUCCCCUGGGGGAGAGGAAUUGAGUUUAAUAGGUAUUGCCCUUCCCAGCUCCUGGCAACAGGAAUUAUGGAAUAGGGCUUACAGAUUGGCUUACUUUCCCCCCUCCUUUCCCUGGUCGUCUUGCAAAUUAAUUGCAGAAGGUCCAGAAAGGUAGGCAAUGGAUUAUGGCGCUGUUUGUUCAUUUCUAAGGUGCUAGCCCUCAUUGCUGCUGUCUUAAUUCCAGGUGCGUACGGGGAACUGGCUGUGGUGUACAUCUGAUUACAGGCAUUCUCUUCCUUGUUAACAUUCUACUUUUUCCAAAUAUUACCCCCCCCCCACAUUUUUAUUAAAUGUUGCAGUUUCAACAUUCUCUCUCAAAUUUGAAAAUGCUAAACAAAAACAAAAAAACACAAGCAAGCAAUAAUCAGAGCAGGUAUGAAGGAAUAUAUACCAGUAAUCUUAGGAAAAUACGUGAUAUCAAGUACAGAGGAACUGUUGUGGGCUGUCAAGGUACUAAGACCAUUAUAAUUUUAAAUCUUUUUUUCCUCCUUGUGCAUAAAAACCCACAGUACAUCAGGAAGAGGCUAGCCAUGCUCCUUUGUUCGUAAAAAUAACAAAAUAAUGGCACAUUUGCCAAAAGCAAACGAUUUCUACAUAAUCUUAAUCAUGUGUCCAUUUCUCUCUUAAAAAAAAAAAUUUCUUUAUUCAAAAUUAUAACAAGACAUAUUAUCCAAAAACAUACCAUCCUUGUUUCCCCCCCAUUUUUCCUCCCUCCCUCCCACACAAAACCCACCCGCCCCCACCCCCCAACUUCCCUCAGUUCCAGUCUUUGAUUUCUCUAAAAAUGCUGUUUUCUGCAUGUUACAAAGUUGUAUAGAUCCUCAAACUGUUUAGCUGAUUAUUAUCAGUAAAAAUUUUGUGAAUGUUUAUUCAAAACCUGCCAAGGAGUCCUGUUUGCUUUGUUGCGUCUUCAGAUGCUUUGUAAAGGGUUCCCAUUCAUCCUUAAAGUCACAGUUAUCCUUGUCCCGUAGCUUAUAUGUCAACUUUGCCAGUUCUGCAUAGUCCGUCAAUUUUUCUUGCCAUGAUUCUUUAGUUGGGGUUUCUUUAGUCUUCCAUCCUUGUGCUAUUAAAACUCUUGCGGCCGUUGUUGCAUACAUGAAGAUGUUUUUCAACUUUUUUGGCAGGUCUUUCCCUACAAUCCCCAACAAAAAUGCCUCGGGGGUUUUAACAAAUGUUAAAUGGAACAUUUUCUUCAAUUCGUUGUAAAUUAUUUCCCAAAAUUUUUUUAAUUACCUUACAAUCCCACCACAUAUGAUCAAACGUUCCCUCCUUUUCCUUACACUUCCAACAUAUAUUUGAACUAGUUUUGUACAUUUUCCCUAACUGCACUGGUGUUGUGUACCAUCUGUACAUCAUCUUCAUGUAAUUCUCCUUCAAUAGGGAACAAUCUGUAAAUUUUAAGUCAGUUUUCCAUAAUUUAGCCCAAUCUUCCAUCAUAAUGUUGUGACCUACAUCUUGUGCCCAUUUACCGUAAUCAUAACUGAUUUUACCUCUUCAUCUUUCCAUGUGUCCAUUUCUCAAGUAAUUCUGUCUCCCAGUCCUUUCGGUACAAGGAAUCUGUAGUUAUUCCAGGCCCCCAAAUAGACUCUGCCGUUGAUUCCAGAAAAAUGUGCCAACCGGGGGUCAUUGAACGUUCCUGUCCCCGUGGGGUGGGCAUCUCGGCGUGGGGAAGACCAUUUUAGUGUUAAUGUCUUAGGAAAUGAUUCCUUUAUUCUGUGGAAAGGCUGAUUCCUCAUUUCCUCUCCCUUUUCUGCUUCUCCACACUAGCGCUGGCUGUGAAUGAGAUUGCUGCCUUCCACCAGAAGCCAGAGGCCGCCGAAGCUGUGCCCAUUUCAGAGAAUGUUAGAGGUGAGAUAACGGAAGCUGGUGUCUUAGCUGAGCAGCUGCCUUGGAAAGGGUCUGUAAGAAGGCACAGGGCUCCAUUCUUGUAAUAAUCACAUUGUAUGCAAUAUUAGCCUGCUCCUUCAAUUCCCUGUGCUUUUAAAAAUGUUGAUCAUUGUUUUUCAAAAUGAUAUUCUGCUGCAGCAGCCCUGGAGUCACUGUUAAGAGACAAUAGAGCAGCCUUUCUCAAGCUGUGGGUCCCCAGAUGUUGUUGAACUACAACUCCCAUCACGCCUAGCUAGCAAGGCCAGAGCUCAGGGAUGAUGGGAGUUGUAGUCCAACAACAUCUGGGGACCCACAGGUUGAGAACCGCUGCAGUAGAGUCCCAGGCAUGGCCAAACUUGGCCCUCCAGAUGUUUUGGGACUACAACUCCCAUCAUCCCUACCUCACAGGACCAGUGGUCAGGGAUGAUGAAAAUUGUGGUCCCAAAACAUCUGGAGGGCCGAGUUUGGCCAUGCCUGCGACGGUCUCUGAAUCUAAGCGAUAAAUAAUAUUUUACUUCAGUGUGUCACAGGUUAACUCCUCCUGCUUUUAUUGGAGGCGGGGCUAUGCAAAUGAUGUUGUGGGCAGUCCCCUUCAGUGGAAUGAGUACUGUUUUUGGGGGACAGGGGGUGGGCGGGGGUGGAGGACUUCCCUAGUCCUGAAUGGGGUAACUGUGCCCUGAAGGACCAGGUGCGCAGCCUGGUAGUCAUUUUGGACUCACUGCUGUCCAUGGAGGCGCAGGUCAAUUCUGUGUCCAGGGCAGCUGUUUAUCAGCUCCAUCUGGUACGCAGGAUGAGACCCUAUCUGCCCACAAACUGUCUCGCCAGAGUGGUGCAUGCUCUGGUUAUCUCCCACUUGGACUACUGCAAUGCGCUCUACGUGGGGCUACCUUUGAAGGUGACCCGGAAACUGCAACUAAUCCAGAAUGCGGCAGCCAGACUGGUGACUGGGAGCGGCCGGCGAAUCCACGUAACACCAGUCCUGAAAUAAUAAUAAUAUAAAUUUUAUUUAUAUCCCGCCCUCCCCAGCCGAAGCCGGGCUCAGGGCGGCUAACAACAAUAAAACAGUACAAAAGUACAGCACAAACAACACUCUAAAAUCAUUCAUUAUAAAAUUAAUUAAUUCAAGCCACUGGCAACCAUUGGGCCAGAGCUCCGUGAAGAUUGCCGAGGGAGGGAGUCAGGCUGUGCCCUGACCAAAGGCCUGGUGGAACAGCUCUGUCUUGCAGGCCCUGCGGAAAGAUGUCAAGUCCCGCAGGGCCCUAGUAUCUUGUGACAGAGUGUUCCACCAGAUCGGAGCCAUGGCCGAAAAAGCCCUGGCUCUGGUUGAGGCCAGCCUAACUUCUCUGUGGCCUGGGACCUUCAAGAUGUUUUUAUUUGAAGACCGUAAGUUUCUCUGUGGGGCAUACCAGGAGAGGCGGUUCCGUAGGUACGAGGGUCCUAGGCCGUAUAGGGCUUUAAAGGUUAAAACCAGCACCUUAAACCUGAUCCUGUACUCCACCGGGAGCCAGUGCAGCUGGUAUAGCACUGGGUGAAUGUGAUCUCGCAGCGAAGACCCCGUAAGGAGUCUCGCUGCAGCAUUCUGCACCCGCUGGAGUUUCUGGGUCAGUCUCAAGGGCAGCCCUACACUGGCUCCCAGUACGUUUCCAAGCACAAUUCAAAGUGUUGGUGCUGACCUUGAAAGCCCUAAACGGCCUCAAAGGCCCAGUAUACCUGAAGGAGCGUCUCCACCCCCAUCAUUCAGCCUGGACACUGAGGUCCAGCUCCGAGGGCCUUCUGGCGGUUCCCUCCCUGCGAGAAACAAGGUUACAGGGAACCAGGCAGAGGGCCUUCUCGGUGGUGGCACCCGCCCUGUGGAACGCCCUCCCGUCAGGUGUCAAGGAAACAAACAAUUAUAAUUAUCUGACUUUUAGAAGACAUCUGAAGGCAGCCCUAUUUAGGGAAGCUUUUAAUAUUUGAUGCUUUAUCGUGUUUUUAAUAUUCUAUUGGGAGCCGCCCAGAGUGGCUUGGGAUACCCAGCCAGAUGAGCGGGAUAUAAUUAUUAUUAUUAUUAUUAUUAUCCUCUUACAGAUUCUACCCUCACAGAAACAGGCCGGGAAAGGCCCCGGGGAUAUUAGGCAGACUGACACCCACCAAAAAAACCCCUAUAACAGCUCUAAUAAUCCUUAUUAUUUCUACGCAUCGUGUUCAGAGAGGCAGUAGUUGACCCUCUCAAUUUCCUUCUCCUUGUCUCCCAGGCAGUCCGGGGAACUUCUUCGUCAUCCUGUCUGUCUCCUACGGCGGCAAGGAGGUCCUGAAAGAAUUGCUGCCAGAGGGAGAGUUCCUGGUCACUUCGGCCGCAGCUCCUCUGGGAACGUCCAGCAACAGCAUGCUCCGGGUCGUGCUUCCGCCUGCCUCCAGUCUCGAGGACGCCCAGAAGGAGGCCGACGUCCGCCGGCUGCUGAAGGACCUGGAGAAGGGUGUCAUGGCAGCCAGCAACGUGGAGGGGAUUUUCGUUCAGUGCCGGGGACGAGCCAGCGUCUUCUUGCGUGGUCCAGGGGGCACCCAGCCCCACAGGAAGCUGCCCAGCAACGCCUUCCUUCAGUUGUUCAGCACCAAGGCAUUUAAGUCAGGUGAGGCUGAGCCAAAGGCAUAGCUGUCAACCGUCGCUUAUUUGGCGGGAAAGUCCCUUAUCCCAGCACCGUGUCCCGCUGCUGUCCCUUAAAUUUCCCGGGUUUCAAAGGAAGCAGCUCCUCUCCCUCCCUCCCUGCCGGCCAGGGAGGAGGGAGGCUCCAACUGGGUUGCUUGGCUGCGUUGCUCACCCAAUAAGGAGUCUCAGAACGACUGGGGGGUGGAGCUUGCAUGCCUUGUGCCGAUCAAAUCGGCCGCGUUGCCUGGGGACUCGCCUUUGCUCAGCGCUUCCCAGCAGAAAGGUGACGGUGGUUUCCCUUGCUGCAUCCCCUUUGCCGGGUUGCUGCGCUGUGGGAACCACCGCUUGAGGCUUCGUUUGGCUGCUGGCUGGGCUUUCUGCCUUUGGCUCGUAGGGGCUCAGAAGUUGAACAUACCUGUGUUCGGAAGAUCCCUUAUUUUGGCUGCUGAUCCCUUAUUUUUGAGGCUGCUGGUCCCUUAUUUUCAAAUCUGUAAGUUGACAGCUAUGGUUGCAGCACACCUGACCCCCAUCUCCCUGGGGCUGAUGGGGUCUGGAGACCCACGGCGCCUGGAGGGACAUGGCUUCCCCACCUCUGCUCUUGCAGAAGGUGCUCCAUAUGUCUCGGGAGACGACAGAGGAGUGCGCCUUUGGGGGUGAAGUUCAGCCAUAGCUGUCAACUUACAGAUUUGAAAAUCAGGGACCAGCAGCCUCGAAAAUAAGGGAUCAACAGCCAAAAUAAGGGAUUUUCUAGGCACAGGUAUGUUCAACUUCUGAGCCUCCGAGGCCAAGGCGAAAACAAGCCAGCAGCAAGCGAGCCUCAGGUGGUCCUAGUCCUUAUUGGUGAGCAACGCAGCCAAGCAACCCAGUUGGAGCCUCCCUCCUCCCUGGCCGGCAGGGAGGGAGGGAGAGGAGCUGCUUCCUUUGAAACCCGGGAAAUUUAAGGGACAUCAUCAAUAAGGGACAGCAGCAGGGACAGCGCUGGUAUAAGGGAGUUUCCCGCCAAAUAAGGGAUGGUUGACAGCUAUGGGAUGAAGUCACACCGUUGGAGAGUCGCGGCACCUGCUGUGGCCGUAGAGGCUGAUACGGGCGAGACGUGUUUUGUUGCAGCUGGGGAAGGUGUCCGGUUGUGCUGCAACAGCAGAUGCACCCCGGCGUUUCUUCUCCUCCCGGGGUCAUUCCUCCUCUGGUCACUGCUGUAUGGAUGCACGACCUGACCGCCUGUCUCCAGGCCCGGCAGUCGUCUGCAAGGGGUACCUGAAGGAGCGUCUCCAUCCCCAUCGUUCAGCCUGGACGCUGAGGUCCAGCUCCGAGGGCCUUCUGGCGGUUCCCUCCCUGCGAGAAGUGAGGCUACAGGAAACCAGGCAGAGGGCCUUCUCGGUGGUGGCGCCCGCCCUGUGGAACACCCUCCCAUCAGAUGUCAAGGAGAUAAGCAACUACCUGACUUUUAGAAGACAUCUGAUAAUUGAGACAUAGAUAUAGCUAUGUCUGAACUUUCAUGCAUAUCAGUGAAUAUCUUGACCCUCCUCCACGAGAAUAACUGUUUACUUGGCCGUUUUCAUAUGUCGUGAAGGCUGAAAUUUCAUUUCGAUGGAGCCAAAACACAAUCCAUCCUGUAGAUUUAAGUAUCUGUCCACGGUCGCCUCAUAAUCCACAUUCCUUUGUAAGAAAAUAAGAAAUAACGCAAAACUAUUAUUGCAGGCAAAAAAAGAAAUCAAUGUGUGUGUGGGGGGUGACAAGAAUUUUUCCACACCGGGUACCGCCUGACCUUCCUAAGCCUCUGGCCGUAAUAUGUCUAUUGCCGUAUUCAUUUGACAAAGCCCGAUUUGGUUCUGGUGCUUCCCGCUGUAUCAUGCCGCUCUCUUUUCGUUUUCCGCCAACAGCACUGCAGGAAUACUCCCUGGGCCGUGGGCCUAAGCCUGAACACCAUGUCACUCUCUGUGUUGGGGAGGAAUUGGGGCAAGACUGCGUGGACAGCAAGAGAAUCGUCAUCCAGGUGAGAUUCAUUAAGUGUUGGCAAGGCGGACGCACAUUGUUCAGUUCAAAGUGUUGGUGCUGACCUUUAAAGCCCUAAACGGCCUCGGCCCAGUAUACCUGAAGGAGCGUCUCCACCCCCAUCGUUCAGCCCGGACUCUGAGAUCCAGCUCCGAGGGCCUUCUGGCGGUUCCCUCAUUGCAAGAAGUGAGGUUGCAGGGAACCAGGCAGAGGGCCUUCUCGGUGGUGGCACCUGCCCUGUGGAACGCCCUCCCUUCAGAUGUGAAGGAAAUAAGCAGCUAUCUUAUCUUUAAAAGACAUCUGAAGGCAGCCCUGUUUAGGAAAGUUUUUAAGAGCCAGUGUGGUGUAGUGGUUAAGAGCGGUAGUCUCGUAAUCUGGGGAACCGGGUUCGCGUCUCCGCACCUCCACAUGCAGCUGCUGGGUGACCUUGGGCCAGUCACACUUCUCUGAAGUCUCUCAGCCCCACUCACCCCACAGAGUGUUUGUUGUGGGGGAGGAAGGGAAAAGAGAAUGUUAGCCGCUUUGAGACUCCUGAAGGGGAGUGAAAGGCGGGAUAUCAAAUCCAAACUCUUCUUCUUCUUAAUAUUUAAUGCUGUGUUUUUAACACUCAAUUGUGAGUCGCCCAGAGUGUCUGGGGGAACCCAGCCAGAUGUUCGGGGUAUAAAUAAAUAAAUAAAUAAAUAAAUAUAAUAAUUGGUUGGGAAGAAGCCUGCCAAGGGUGGAGACACAAGACAUGCCAUGCAGAGAAUGUAAGAAAUAAAUGCAUCUUGGGAAAACAAUGCUAGGGCGAAGGGCGGAAACACAUUGAGAGUGCAGGGGAGGGGGCACCGGACGCCGAAGUAAACCUAUUUAUUCUGCCAGUUUUCUAAGCAUUGGGGGGCAGAGGCUCAUUCUGCGUAGUGUAUGGGGAAAUCACAGCAGAGACGCAAGCUGGGUAGAUGGAACAGACACGCGUUAUGGCCUCCGGGACGUGGAUAAGUCAUAUUUGAAGGAAAUCACAGCAUGGGUAGUAGGCAGAAAUUGGAGCGGAACAGGAUUCAAGACCAGCAUGCGCAGUUGAUCGUGGCGCAAGACAUGCUGGUAAACGGCGGCGGGUUUUUAGAAGCAAGUGAUGGGAGGGACGCUGGUCAAAACGGUGAACGGCCUAUGCAGUCACUCAAAAUUUCUAGAGUCAUUUCAGCGGUUGAUUUCCUCCUCUUCUCCACCCGCAGAUGGAGCAGAUAUUUGCCUCGGCUGCAGUCUCUCCUCCCGUGGUACAAGCAGCUGCUCCCCAAGUCCUCUUGGUCGUUUCGGAUGGCUCCGCUGGGAAAUGGGAUGCUUCUGGGGCACCUCAAUGCUGAAAUCACCUGUCCUGUCCCUCUGAUUUUGGGGGCUGCUGACCUGCUUGUGGUACAGACCCAUCCGGGGUCUUGAACAGUUCCCCGGAGCGGCACUUCCUACUUCCUGCCUUAUUCUCUCGGGCGGGACUUCCUACUUUACUCAUUCCUGCACGUCGGAACAACUUCUACCUGUGAACUUGGCAUUAUGUAGAAAAAGUGUGAAACACUAGAGCAGAAACCCUGGUGGGAAUUACUUCCUGGCGAUAUCCUGAGAUGAGAGCGAGGGCUUUUCCUCUCCUAAUUAGCAAAGAUAAGCUCCUCUUCCUCCUUUUCCCAGCUGAGGAAUGGCUGGGAAGUAAUACAAAACCUUGUGGGGGAAAAACCCUUUCUUUUGCCUCCCUCAUUCCCGUGCCUACUGAGCUCAUGCCUUCUUGCACUUUAUUAGUAUCUAGGAAAAUGCGCGCUUAGACUGUCUUUCACGCUUGCUGUGUGGAUCUGAAAAUAUUUGUUUAAAUAAAGUUUUAUUGGAAAUGGAUGCUGGAAUCUGGUGUGGGAGUUUUGAAU